ACAUCUCUAGCCUGUACCCCCCAAUCUGGAUGUUUCCAGCCUGCAUCAGAGGGAGGUGCCAUAAGAGCAUCCUACAUUUGCUUUUCCCUGUUUGCAAGUGAAACACAAGUCACACAGUGUGGAGGGGAGGAGGGGAAAAGGAGGAGGAGCUGCUUGGUGUGAAGGCACAGCAUACAGAGAGCUCUGGACAGCAGGAACUCAGAGCUCCAUGGGCUGCAAGCAAGUCAGCACUUACUGAGUGCCCACAUCAACAGACUGGCACUGCUUCCACUGUGCCCACAUCAACAGACUGGCACUGCUUCCACUGUGCUCAUAUCAACAGACUGGCACUGCUUUUACUGUGCCCACAUCAACAGAUUGGCACUGCUUCCACUUUGCCCAAAUCAACAGACUGGCACUGCUUCGACUGUGCCCACAUCGACAGACUGGCACUGCUUCCACAUCAAUUGACUGGCACUGCUCUAACUUUGCCCAUAUCAACAGACUGGCACUGCUCUCACUGUGCCCAACUCAUCUGAUUGGAACUGAUGUCAUUGUGCCCAGCUCAUCUGAUUGGCAUUGCUGUUAUUUUGCCCAGCUCAUCUGAUUGACAUUGCUGUCACUGUGCCCAGCUCAUCUGAUUGGCACUGCUGUCACUGUGCCCAACUCAUCUGAUUGGCACUGCUGUCAACUAACUAAGCAGAGGACUACUUGUACUGCAAGCGCCCAGACCCCCCUGUGCCUAACUCAUCCAACUUACCGUGUACCCAUUAUGCCAAGGAGCUCUGCCUGGCACUGCACUUUAUACACUGUACCCAGAUCAUCUUUGCCUCUGCACCUGCUUGUUUGACUGGCAUUAACCUGUAUCCCGGGCUCUAUAGACUGGCACUGAGCAUUAUAGCCACAUAGAGACUGGCACUGGGCACUAUACCCACACAGGACUGUACAGGGCUCCUGGCAUUAUAUAAACCUUCAUAGAGACUGGCACUGGGCACUAUACCCACACAGGACUGUACAGGGCUCCUGGCAUUAUAUAAACCUUCAUAGAGGCUGGCACUGGGCACUAUACCCACACAGGACUGUACAGGGCUCCUGGCAUUAUAUAAACCUUCAUAGAGGCUGGCACUGGGCACUAUACCCACACAGGACUGUACAGGGCUCCUGGCAUUAUAUAAACCUUCAUAGAGACUGGCACUGGGCACUAUACCCACACAGGACUGUACAGGGCUCCUGGCAUUAUAUAAACCUUCAUAGAGGCUGGCACUGGGCACUAUACCCACACAGGACUGUACAGGGCUCCUGGCAUUAUAUAAACCUUCAUAGAGACUGGCACUGGGCACUAUACCCACACAGGACUGUACAGGGCUCCUGGCAUUAUAUAAACCUUCAUAGAGGCUGGCACUGGGCACUAUACCCACACAGGACUGUACAGGGCUCCUGGCAUUAUAUAAACCUUCAUAGAGGCUGGCACUGGGCACUAUACCCACAAAGGACUGUACAGGGCUCCUGGCAUUAUAUAAACCUUCAUAGAGGCUGGCACUGGGCACUAUACCCACACAGCACUGUACAGGGCUCCUGGCAUUAUAUAAACCUUCAUAGAGGCUGGCACUGGGCACUAUACCCACACAGGACUGUACAGGGCUCCUGGCAUUAUAAAAACCUUCAUUGCAGCCAGUCUGGGUAGUGUGAGGAUCCUGAGAGCUACUUACCGGCCGGAGGGGAUAUAAUGCCCCCUGUGCAGCCCUGAGUGGCCCUCACUGAGUGUGUACUCACUGCCUUGCUCUCAGACUCGCGGAUUCGGAGCUCUAGCGGCGGGAGCAUGGCCCAGGAGCGGCUGCAGCCCCGGCUCUGCCACAUCAGGAAGGGCGAGCAGGGCUACGGCUUCCACCUGCAUGGCGAGAAGGGCAAGACCGGCCAGUACAUCCGCAAGGUGGAGCCCGGCUCCCCGGCAGAAACCGCGGGGCUGAAAGCUGGAGACCGGGUGCUGGAGGUCAAUGGGGAGAAUGUGGAGAAAGAGACCCACCACCAGGUACCUACCUCUACCCUCUGUAUAAACACCUCUCUAUAGCCUGACCUCUGUAUAACGUACCCUCUGUAUAAACACCUCUCUAUAGCCUGACCUCUGUAUAACGUACCCUCUGUAUAAACACCUCUCUAUAGCCUGACCUCUGUAUAACGUACCCUCUGUAUAAACACCUCUCUAUAGCCUGACCUCUGUAUAACGACCGACCUGCUGUCUGGAUAACGACUUGGCCUCUCCUCUCUAUAUAUUAUAUUCUCUAUAUAACGACCUGCUCUCUGUAUAACCACCGGACCUCUCUAUAUAACAACCUGGCCUCUCAAUAUAACGACCUGCUCUCUAUAUAACGACCUGCCCUCUCUAUAGCAUGACCUGCUCUCUGUAUAAAGACCUGACAUCUCUAUAUAUUAUAGUCUCUAUAUAACGACCUGACCUCUCUAUAUAACGACCUGCCCUCUCUAUAGCAUGACCUGCUCUCUGUAUAAAGACCUGACAUCUCUAUAUAAUGGCCUGACCUGUCUGUACAACAACCUGCCCUCUCUAUCAUAACCUGUUCUCUGUAUAACGACCUGACCUCUCUAUAUCAUGCCCUGCUCUCUAUAUAACGACCUGCCUUCUCUAUAUCAUGACCUGCUCUCUGUAUAAUAACCUGCCUUCUCUAUAUCAUGACCUGCUCUCUAUAUAACAUCCUGCCCUCUCUAUAUCAUGACCUGCUCUCUAUAUAACGACCUGCCCUCUAUAUAUCAUGACCUGCUCUCUAUAUAAUGACCUGCCCUCUCUAUAUCAUGACCUGCUCUCUAUAUAAUGACCUGCCCUCUCUAUAUCAUGACCUGCUCUCUCUAUAACGACCUGCUCUCUCUAUAACGACCUGACCUCUCUAUAUCAUGACCUGCUCUCUAUAUAACGACCUGCCCUCUCUAUAUCAUGACCUGCUCUCUAUAUAACGACCUACCCUCUCUAUAUCAUGACCUGAUCUCUAUAUAACGACCUGCUCUCUGUAUAACAACCUGACCUCUCUAUAUGGUGACCUGCUCUCUGUAUAAUGACCUGACCUAUCUAUACCAUGACCUGCUCUCUGUCAUUUCUAUAUAUUGGCCAAUCCCACUGACCUAUCAUCUGUAUAUAUUGACCAAUCAUCUGUAUAGAGCAAGCAUUGGAACCAACCUCUACAUAUUGACCAGUGUAACCAACCUCUUCUCUACAUACUGACCAGUGCCACCCACCUGUCCUCUACAUACUGACCAGUGACCUGUCCUCUACAUACUGACCAGUGCCACCCACCUGUCCUCUACAUACUGACCAGUGCCACCCAUCUGUCCUGUACAUACUGACCAGUGACCUGUCCUCUACAUACUGACCAGUGACCUGUCCUCUACAUACUGACCAGUGCCACCCACCUGUCCUCUACAUACUGACCAGUGCCACCCAUCUGUCCUGUACAUACUGACCAGUGACCUGUCCUCUACAUACUGACCAGUGCCACCCAUCUGUCCUCUACAUACUGACCAGUGCCAUCCACCUAUCCUGUACAUACUGACCAGUGCCACCCACCUGUCCUGUACAUACAGACCUUUGCCACCCACCUGUCCUGUACAUACUGACCAGUGCCACCCACCUGUCCUGUACAUACUGACCAGUGCCACCCAUCUGUCCUGUACAUACUGACCAGUGCCACCCAUCUGUCCUCUACAUACUGACCAGUGCCACCCACCUAUCCUGUACAUACUGACCAGUGCCACCCACCUGUCCUGUACAUACAGACCAGUGCCACCCACCUGUCCUGUACAUACUGACCAGUGCCACCCACCUGUCCUGUACAUACUGACCAGUGCCACCCACCUAUCCUCUACAUACUGACCAGUGCCACCCACCUGUCCUGUACAUACUGACCAGUGCCACCCACCUGUCCUGUACAUACUGACCAGUGCCAUCCACCUGUCCUGUACAUACUAACUACUGACCACUAGCACUGACCUGUACUAAGUAUGCUGAUCUCUAACACUGGCUUCUCUUGUGUGUACUAACCACCUGCACUUACCUUUCCUCCUUAUUUUAAAUAACAGUAAUAACCUGUGCUCUGUAUGCUUGUCAGUCUUAUGCCCACCACUUUCACUUACCUCCCAUUUAUAGUCACAUUGGCCUCCUCUCUAUAUGUGCAGACUGUUUUGCUUUAUGACUUUUGCUAGCCUUUGUUUUAUGUAUACCUUUAUAGGUAUAGGUACAUGUAUGUAUACCUUUUAUAGGUAAAUGACAUGCAUAUGCAAAACUCUGAUCAGUAUGUUUUCAGUGUGUGACCUCUUGUUUUGAUAUAUUGAAGUAAGCGAUCAAUUAUCACUGCCAGUUAAUUUAUUUAAUUACUAGCAAAUUUGGUUAAUCUUAAUUUCAGGGAUUGUGGUUAACUGAUAAGGAAAUUUAAAAAUGUAGGCCAAAAUAAUUAGAAUUAGAUAAAAAAUGGACAUCUCAAUUUUCUGGUAUUUUGCAAACUCAGCUGUUUUUUCCUAAAAAGUGAAAUUUUCUUGUAAAAUUUUAACUUGCAAUGCAAAUAUUUAUAUAGAUUAGAUGUCUAUAACCCCUUACCUGUUAUAUGUGUAGGCACCAGACUAUCAGUCUUUCAAAAUCAACCUGUUCUAUUAGUAGAUAACCAGUCUUAAUCUAAAAAUUCAAUACAGAAUGCAAAUAUUGACCCUCCCCCUUGUCUUUACUGAUGACAAAUGCAAACAUGACCCACUAUAUACACGACCAACCCCACCGUUGGUCUACCAUUAUAUACUAGACCGUGCAUGGAGUCAAAAUAACUUUUCGGCACCAGUUAAUGAGAUUCUUAAACCUAUGCAUUAGUGCAUUUAAAAGGGAUUAUGAUCCAGUAAGUUUCAGAUUUUGGAUUCUCCGGUUCCUGCACUACACACGAUCACUUAAAACUGACUUGGACUUUGUAAACCGACUUGUUCUGACCACCGUCAUUGAUCGUUCCUCUGUGAUCAGACUCGGGAGGGUGGAUAUGCGAAUAUAGAAUAAACUGAUAAUAAGGUAAAAGAUGAACUGUCGAAAAACACCACCACUUGAUGUUCAGUGCCCUCAUAAACAUUUCAUUUAGAAUACAUUAAAGAAGGCAGUUGGUGGGUUUCGUCUCAGAAGAUAAGUUUGAGAGCAGGUGGCGUGGAGAACUAUGUAAAGACGAGAACAGUAUGCGAGAGCAACAUGACAAAUUAUUAAUGGUAUAAAAUUCAAUUAAAACGUGCAGGUACAGUGGUAUUUAAAUUCCACAUAUGUCCCAGCAGGGGAAAGUUUAGAAAGACGCGUCUGCAGAGCUGAGCGCUAUCUCUCUCUUUUCAAUGUCUCUAAAGUGUUGUUAGAAGAUAGAGUUUCAGAGAUGUCAACCAACUGCUGUCAAGCUCUGCCGAACAAAUCAAAGGCAAUAUUUAAGCAAGUGCUCAAAUACAUUUUCUAUUAAUUAGAAUUUCCAAAUGGGACAAUAUGAUCACUCUCAGCCUAUCAAUGACUGCGAUAGCUGGUAUGAUUUGAUAUGGCGUAAGUUGGAACAUAAUGACUCCUAAGUCAUUUCGUCAUAUGAGUUGGGCUGCUGGGAACCUAAUUCACUGUUAAACCAUUCAAAAAGAGUUUAAGAAUAGCACCUGGGGACAUAAGCCACCAUACCCACUUCAAUUAGAUGAAGUGGUUAUGAUACCUACAGUGUACCUUUAAUUAAAAGAUGCAAGAAUUGUAUCCUUUAUGGCUCUUCCUAUAGAGGAAGAGCAUUGAUGAUCAUUAGGCAUCAGUGUUCCAAUAAUGAUAUUUUAUGAUCUCAUCACUAACUGGUCCCUUAAUACUUUAUGCUAUUUUGGACUGUCCUGUUUAUUUAGCACUUGUUGCUCUAUAAAGCCCUGCAAAAUGCUAAACAUUACCCAAUGCUAGAAUCAAUAAACUGUGUAUCUAUGCAUGGUCCUUGUCUGUGUUUGAAAGAUCUACUAUGGUAAUUCAGCAAUAGAUAGUUUUCGGUUUAUGCUGGCCAAACAUGCUAUCUGUCUUCCUGUUUACGAUAUCUGAUGGCUAAAGUCACGUGAGUAGAGUUUACAGUGAAAGGAGAACAUUAAAAAAAAAUUUGUUUCAAAUUUGCAAAAUGUUUUAUCUUUAAAGAGCAGACCUUUUAUAUAGUAUACUUUCCCACCUUAAAGAAGAAGUUAAAUAAUAUGACACAGUGUCUCUUGCCAAAGUAAGCCAUAGACUCAUAACACUACUUUUAAUUUCACUUCUUUCCUGGUAAAUGAGAAGUAAAGCAACAAUGCCCUUCCUUUUUACAAGAAUUUUAACAUAGUAAUAUGAUCUCCUAAACUGAAUUGAAAGUGAUUUACAAAGUGGAUCCUUAUCUGUGAAAAAACAUUCGCUGACCUCUUUGUAGUCCCUACAUACAUUUUUUUUUUUUUAAUGUACAGAAUUAAUCCACCAACAAUACCACAACAUCAUUAUAAAAACAACAGCAACAACACACCAGGGUGUUUUAUACGUUCCUCUAAUAUAAUACUCAUAUAUCAUAUACAGUCACUAUAUCAUUCUAAAAUAAUUUUGCUCUUGGUUAAGAUUUGAUAACUUUCGAUUAGUCAUUGUUCCCGUAGAGUUAAUUAUAAUGGCAUAUUUGAGAAAUACAAAAACGUUUGCUAGGGCUGGUGCGACUGAGACUCUCAAUACUCUCAGACAGCCACAACCAGUCAAUCUUUAGCUGUGGCAUUAGCCGUGUUCUGAAAGCCAAGUUGGCAUUGCUGAUUUUAAUAGACUGUAUUUUCUGUGACCCUCAGCCAGCCAGAACAUUUGAAAUAGCCCUUUAUUUUUCUUUACUCAAACCCAUUCACCAUCAGUAAGCAUGUUGCAGGACGUGAAUUUACUAUAGGCUGACAAGGGAUUGUGAGCCAAAUUCAGCUGGAAAUAAACUCUGCUUUUUUGCCCCCAAACAGAUAGAACCAGGAACUGGCAGCCUAAGUUGUGCCUGCUGUGGCUGAACUUUAGGGGAAUCGAUGUCCAAAGCAGCUGUGAAAACAACUUGUUUUUUAUACAGGAUUAUUUACUGGAGUGAGAAUUGAUAGGAAUUCAAAGUGACUUAAAUUUAAGACCAAAAUAGCGGAACCAAAAAAAUUCUUCCAAAUCAGUUGUGCAUCCUGUUCAGCUACUUUCGUCUUAAAUUUAAAAUUUACUUCCAAUUUCCAACAAUUCUCACUCUACUAAAAAAUAAUUAUAGUCUACUGACAUAUUAAGAUUUACUACAUCUGCCUAUCCCAAAGAUGUACAUAUCAGUGGUGAUAUUUUAUUUACUUACUAUCAUUUUAGACAUAUACUGGUUUAUGUUUGAGUAGAGAAACUUUAAAGUAACACUCGUAACUUUAAAUAUAAAUAUAAAUAUAUUAUUUUUAAAGUUAGAUGUGUUACUUUGCCGUUUUAGAUUUAGGCUCCCCUCUUUUACAUAAAGUAAAAAAAAAAAACACAGUCAAACAAUAAAAUAAAAGUGAUUACAUUUAACUAUAAUCCAGAGUUUGGACUGGCUACUUGCAAUAUCUGCUCCGCUUACCUCAAUGCGAACAUCAAUGCUGAUGAUCCUUUUUGUAAUCCAAUAGGGGAGCUUUGGCGACCUACAGCGCAUGUGCGACGAUUGCCCCGCACCACCAGUCCGAUGCUUCUUUUGGGGAAGCAUUGAAUCGAACGCUUCUCCAUCAGAAACGUUCCAUUGCUUUUGGUCGUCACGCUGUGAGUGAUGAUACUGAUUGUGAAGACUUUUGAAAAUCAAAGGUCUUCAAUAAGCAAGUGCCUCUAGCUGCCGUCAGUCAAUCAGCCCCCAGAAGAGUGGUUUUCUGAAUAAUGCAAGUAAUGAAAUUUCUCUGAAAUGAAAAUUCAUUGGGUACAAAAAAGGGACAGAAUCUAUAUACCAAAACGACUUCAUGAAAAUGUAUUUGUAUUGGUGCUUAGAGUGUCUCUGGGUUUAUAAGUAUUUGGCUGAUAAAACAAUAUUCAUUGAAAUCCUUGUAUUCCAAAAUCCCUUUGAGGACAUCUCAACUGAGAAACAUUUUUGGCCAUGAGUGUGUGAAGUUGGUAAAAAAAAAGUUCUAAAAAGACCAAAAUAGCCAAGCUAUGAUAAUUGAGUUAAAUAUAUUUUCCAUUACAGCUCUUUUGGUGAAAACGUUAAUUUCCAUUGACAGUUCCUGGUUUACUGAAUACAACUGGUAGUGUAGUUUGUAUACAAUAUAUUAAUAUGUUAUUUUUGCCUAAUCAGUUUAUUCUGCAAUAUAGAAUUAAUGAAAAUUCAUUAUUUCCUGGAUUAUGCACCAUUAAAUCUGGACUACCAUGUCUAUGACAUCCCAAAUUCAGCAUUUUACAUUCCCAUCCCGAACAACCCAUUAGUAACACUUCUACAGUAUGCAAUUAGGGUUGUUCAAUGUAGAGUUCACCUCUGUAUACAGAGCCUUACUAUGAGAGGGUGACUGUAUACAGAGCCUUACUAUGAGAGGGUGACUGUAUACAGAGCCUUACUAUGAGAGGGUGACUGUAUACAGAGCCUUACUAUGAGAGGGUGACUGUAUACAGAGCCUUGCUAUGAGAGGGUGACUGUAUACAUAGCUUUGCUAUGAGAGGGUGACUUUAUACAGAGCCUUGCUAUGAGAGGGUGACUGUAUACAGAGCCUUACUAUGAGAGGGUGACUGUAUACAGAGCCUUGCUAUGAGAGGGUGACUGUAUACAGAGCCUUGCUAUGAGAGGGUGACUGUAUACAGAGCCUUGCUAUGAGAGGGUGACUGUAUACAGAGCCUUGCUAUGAGAGGGUGACUGUAUACAGAGCUUUGCUAUGAGAGGGUGACUUUAUACAGAGCCUUGCUAUGAGAGGGUGACUGUAUACAGAGCCUUGCUACGAGAGAAUGACUGUAUACAGAGCCUUGCUAGGAGAGGGUGACUGUAUACAGAGCUUUGCUAUGAGAAGGUGACUGUAUACAGAGCCUUGCUAUGAGAGGGUGACUAUACAGAGCCUUGGUAUGAGAGGGUGACUUUAUACAGAGCCUUGCUAUGAGAGAGUGACUGUAUACAGAGCCCGUGAUCUGCCUCCUAGACAGUCUCAGCCAAUCCUAUAGGGAAGCAUUUUGAUUGGCUCACAGCAAAGCUUCCGAUGAUGUUAGCCAAGCAGGCAAAUCAGGGGAAAGGCAGCAGCUGCAGACUUGAAUAGUAAGAUUAAGUAAGAUUUUACUAGAUUUAGGGGAACAGGGGGGAUAGAUGGUGUUUUUAACACUAUAGGGUCACGAAUAUAUGUUUGUGUUCCUGACCUAUAGUGUUCCCUUAAGUAUCAAAUAAUGUCAGCCAAAGUCAAGAUAGAUGGUGCCUAAAGUUUAAAACUCCAAAGAAUGGCUGGUUUAGUAAUUUGUUGCCCCAACCCCAACAGUGGGCUACUGAACGUCUGACACCCCUGGAUUACAAGCUCAGCAACGAAAGCGGUGUUUUGGCCAGUCUGUGUAAGACACAAUUGUCCAAAAGUUAGAUCCAAACCUCAAGUAGAUCUACAACUCCUAUGAAACUCUAUUAGUGUUUACAGCUUUCUUUCGGCCAUCUUUAAAGGGACACUGUAGUCACUAUAACCACUUUGUCUCUUUGAAUUGGUUAUAGUGCCUGGAGUGGCCUGGCACUGUCCCUCCAUUCAGUGUUGCACCAUGUUUGUGCAGUAUGCCACAAAAUGAGUCCCUGGCCACCCACAGUCCGGCCCCUUCUGUAUGUGUAGCUAAAGCAGAGAUUACACACUUCCUUGUUGUCAUACCCAUUCAUACCGUCAGUUGGAGCUCUGACAGGUUAAAAGCAGUCAGCUGACACUCUCAGCCAAUCACAGCUGCCCAUUGCCUCUCAGGGUAAUACUUCCUUAUUAGCCAAAGCAGCACAGAGGGGAUAGACUGCCGUGGACUCUUGUUUAGCAUUAAAACAUUACAUUAAAAACUGUUUAAUGCUGAAAGAAAUGAUGGUACCAGGGGACUCCAGACACUAUAACCAGUUUAAUGAGAUGAAGCAGAUACAGUGCCUACGGUGUCCCUUUAAUCUAAUGGGACAACGCUUGGCCGUCUUCCCUGUCUAUGUGAGAAAAGCUGAAACUUGAAUUUACUUGUCUAGAUUUUUGUUGUUGUGAUUUUCUUUAAUUUCCUGUGAAUCACAACUAAUUAAAUAUGUUUAAACCAUACUCUGUAAUGCCACAAGCUUGUUAAGGCAUUUUUGUAAAAAUACACCCAGAUAACUUGACCAGCAACAACUUAUAACAUGGGGGCAUGAAAUUAGAUUAGUUGUUUGUAUUUACUGCAAAGGACUUGUGUCCCCACAUCCACCUCUUUCAACUCCCUCCAACUUCUGGCAGAUCCGCUUGUUAAAUUUCUAUCUGCACGGGUGCACAAGGAUUUUAAAUAGACCUACAAACUACAGAAGAUCUGGGAAGAUAGCGAUCAUUCGCUGGUCCUUUUGUGCAUGUGCACCAAAUUGUCAUAAAUUGAGGCUAAAAUACUUGUGACUAAACUGGAGACAUUUUUCACUAAUCAGCAAUCUUAAAUCAGAUUUUCCCAUUCGGAAUUCUAUCAAAGACAAUUUGUAGGUUAGUGAAUAUGCCCUAAUGUUGCAUUGCAGGUAAAAAAAAAAGCUGAUGACAUUACCCAUUAGAAAUCAUGACUGAUUGGAAGGAUGACAACUUCCAUAUUGGAAGUAAAAUUGGUACCCAAACCUUUUCUUUUUUUUUUUUUUGUCCUUUUCUCUUUAAAUAUAUGGGAGGGGGAGGGGGGGAAUAAGAAUUACCAAAUAUCAGAUUUUUUUAAAUUAAGCAUUUUAGUUUAUUUAAAAAAGUGGGUAACGGGUCUGCUUUAAUAAAAGCCGAGUUAAGAUUCUUUUACAGUUUUCUCUGAAGGUGAGCUUUGAAACGUGCAUCCCAUAAUGCAUAGAAAGUCAAAUAUACUGUAGCUGUAGCUAUAAAGUACAUCCAAACCACAUUAACCUACGCCCUUAAGUGUUUAUUACUUCCUGAGGUCCGUCAAGUAUUUCAAAAAUGCAAGACCUUUUGCUGCAUACCCUACACCUGGAAAAUGGUUAAACCGUGGGGUUAAACUAGCCCUAAGGCUGGCAAUCGAUUAUGGCAUCUGUAGUGAAAGUGGUGAGGGCUUCAUUUUGACAACACUUGGUUUGAGGCACUAGGAUUUCAAACCACGUUUGGUAAACCCAUCUGGCCUGUUCCCAUAUUGCAAUAAACUAUAAAGACUCUGAAAUCUCUUUUUCAACAUCUGAUACCAACUUUAACUGUGUCUCUGCCACACGGAAUCCUUUGUAACGUGAAAUUGAUUAAUUCUGGCAGGAGAACACACAUUUUUUUCUUUAAUUUAGAGCUGAAAAAAAAAUCAGCUUUUUGAAUUGGCGCAGAGACUCCCUCUACCGUAAACAUAUUUUACAUACCAAUUUAAUUUAUUUUGGAGAAUAAGGAACUGAUGGCAAGAGCUAACAUCUGUAAGUUCACUAAAACAGCUGAAUAAAGAAUUCCAGCCUGAAUUGCUUUUGGCAUAAGCAAAAAAUACAUAUAUUUCUGUUUUUCAAAAUAAAAUAAACUGUUUCUGGGAGAUCACCAAUGUAGUAUUAAAGGGACAAUGUAGCGUUAGGAAUACAAAUGUGGAUUUGUACCGCUAUAGUGUCAUAGUCACCAUUUUGGUGAUUGCUCCUAGUCUCCUAUCAAAGGUUAAAAAGGUUAUUACCUACCUGUUAUCCCACACAGCACUGCUCUCGCCACGGUUGACACCGCCUCAUUGGCUGAGUUCAUCAAUCUGGAUGAUCUCAGCCUAUCUAACUUUCUCAUAGAAAAGAACUGGGAGGCUAGUGCACAUCUGCGGCAAAACUCUGCAGUUAGCCAAUCAGGUCACUAUGAGACCAUUUGAUUGAAAGAGUCGAUUUUCAAACGGCAAUCACUUGCAGGGUUAAAACAAACGGGACAUGGCAACCAGAUCACUUUAUUGCGAUGAAGCGGUCUGGGUGCCUAUACAGGAAAAUUCACCAAAGUAAGAAUUCAAAGUAAGUUUCAAAUCUAAGGUCAAAAUAGGCGAAUUGGGAAAAAAAUUUUAACGCAGCUAUUCUUCCAUUUCAGCUAGUUAAAAAAAUUAUUAUUUAGUGACAGCCGUGAAAAAUACAAUAUUUUUGUAUGUUUAUCCAGUGGUUGCCCAUGCCUACAGAUUUUACGGUAUGAGUAAAUUCUUAGACAACAGUUAAAAAAUAAAACAUUAAAAACAGGUCAUUUAAUUUGCACUACUCAUUCACGAGUAUCCCUGAGAGUCUCGUAUAAUGUGUAGAUGUGACCAAUAGAUGUGACCAAUAGGCUGAACACAAAAUAGUCGUCACUGAUUUUAUAGAUGUUGCUUUCUGAGCUCCUACCAUUUCUGGGAUUUUUGAUGAGUCUAAAUUUGAUGUUGUAUCUAGUUCACAUAAAAUCAAGCAAGUAGAACGUAAACUAACAAGAAAAGUAAAAAGAAAGAAAAUUGCAGAGCGAAGGUUGCAGAAUCCUCAUCUCUUUCUCACAAUAUUGCUCCCAUGGUCCCCAGACCUUACAAAAUGUGGGUAGCAUGUUUCUGACCUGUGCCAUCAGUUUGUCCACGAGGGAUAUAUCUUUAAUUUUGGAUAUGACCUGUGCGAUGGCUUUGUGCAAGGACAAAUUGAUCGUAAUAAAGAGCCUCUGCUACGUGAUGGACAUUCUCUCUACUGGCCAGCAAAGUUGGUAGGUCCAGAGAUUUGUCAAAGUGUCUAUGGAAUAUUAAUUAGAGUAUUUGCUUCCCUCCACAAUCUAGCCACUUACGGACACAUCCACUGCAUAUACAUUGACGAAACUGGCAGUUAUUUUAUUUUUGUGAGCAUGUUUAACAUAAAUGACUAAAUUUGAGGCCCUCAAAACAUUACAUUAUCGGUACCAAAUUACACACUUGGAAGAAACAGAUGACUAAUUUCGAGUGAACAUAUUUCCCUAAUGCCCUUAGAGACUUACUUUAUUAAAUUCAGGUAGGAGUAGUACAGACGUCAAUCCCAAGAUGAACAUUUGACUCCAGAGAAUUGUUGUACAUACUGAAAAACACAGCGUGUGUAAUAUGGCUGGAAUUUCUGUGCAGCUCCGCAAAAACACACACAAUGGGCUUCGAUUUUACCUUAAUUUAGCAGUUUCUGUGCAGCACUUCUAUCCUGAGUGCUGAGAUUGCAUUUUUUGUAAUUGUGAGAGUGAGAUUGUCAUUUUUGUUUUAAGGGGCAUUUAAUGCUGAACUUGAGAACUCUUUUUUUUAUGGAAUUCAUAACGCAUACUGUCCCAGGUCUCUGGGAAUAAACCCGAGUUAGGACCUCCUGAUGUCCUAAUUUAUUCCUCAAAACUGCUGCCUAUGGUGAUAACAGCUGCACUAGGGCUGCUACAAACUUUCUGAUACGUCUACUAAUAUAGGGUUAUUCACCAAAGUGUAAAUUCAAAGUGAAUUUCAAGGUAAAAAUAGCUGAAAUGAAAACACUCUCUAGGAGAGCUAUGCUUUUAAUUCGGCUAUUUUGGCCUUAGAUGUGAAAUUCACUUCAAAUUAGAUCAGUCGCCAUUUACAACAAUGCCUCACAAUCGAAUCGAAUGCAAAGCACUGCUAAAAUAAAGAAUAAAAGAAAAGAAAUUCACUUAAAAUUAAUUUUGAAUCAUCACUUUAGUGAAUAGGCCGAUAUUAUUUAUGAAGGGAGCAAGAGAUGAUGGAAUGACCAUGCAUGUACCCAACAUUGGCUGUGACUUGUUCGGCAAGAGCCCAUAGGGUGGAUGCAUGCGGUUUAAGUACAUAGACAGGUAGAUUAGCUUCCUUCUGCAACCUAUCUCACCGGAGCAAUGCAAUGAUUGUAAAAAAAAUUGCGAUACUGUGUGCAGGGACAUUGGACAUUAUAUUCUAUCCAAGGUUGUUAUGGUGCUUAAACUUUUUUGGUUUAAAGGGAACUUUCAGUACUGAGGAUUUUCAUUUAAAGGAACACUGUAGGUUCUAACCAAUUGUUAUUUUUAUAAGUUGUUAUAGUGCCUUCAGUCCUACCCCCCCAAGCCCUUUAUUUUGAUCUCUGUGAGUAUGAGAGCUGGGACUGUUACUUUCCAGCUCUCAUACCAUGACACCUACUGAUACCAAAGGGGGAAGCCGCGGCAGCAAAUCAAAAAAUGGUAUUACUGUUCAUUUGCAAAAUUAAUUUGGUGUGCACUGAACUUGAUUGUAAUUUUUGUUGGUUGUUUUUUGCUAAAUAUUUAGUUUUAAUUUGAAAGAAGGCGGGGUUUUUUGUGUAUUUUUUUUUUUUGAAAUUUUUUUUUUUACUGUUAUUUGAUAGAAGCGUUUUUUUCCUUUUUCAUGUUACUUAGUGUACACAGUUUGGCCAGUAUUGAUAACAGCAUGACAGGCAGUAUGGCCAGUAUUGAUAAUAUAACAACUGUAGACUUGCAUUUAAAGGGCGGAUUAUGUCUCUAACAAAGUGUUUUUAUUUUGUGAUGUCAUAAGUGUUACAUAUUUCGGUUGUUUUAAAAAUCUAAUAUUCUAGUGCUGCUGAUUAAAAGCAACUGAGAAUUCCACUUACAAAAUCCUCUUUUAUUGAUCGAAGAGAGUUUUCAAUUAAUAGGCACCCUUAAAGUAGCACUAUAGGGCCAGGAAAACAAACCCGUUUUGCUGGCACUAUAGGGCUAUUCGGUCCCCCCCUCCCUCGUGGCCUCUCUCCCACUUACCUUAAUCCAGCGCCAGGCUUUCUCGGUGCUCGUGACCUCUCCUCCCCCUGCCGACGUCGGCUCCCGAGUGGAGCCGAAUGCGCAUGCGCGGGCAGAGCCGCAUGCAUUCAAACCACCCAUAGGAAAGCAUUAAUCAAUGCUUUCCAAUGGGGAUCUGAACUCACACUGCGUGAGUACAAUGCGAUUUCACACUGAGAAUCGCGGAAGACAGCCACUAGAGGCUGGAUUAACCCUGCAGCAUAUAAACAAAACAGGGGAACACAUUUGCAACUUUUGUAUGAUCACGUUUGUAAUGUUUCAUGAAGUGUAAAAAGGCCAUAUACUGGACGAUGGAUAAUAUGAGGCAUUAUCACCAUUUCCAUGUGUUCCAUUUCUCUAUAGACGUGCAUAAUCUUUAUUGCCCACUGAUCCCCAUAUCUCUAUAGGUUUAUGAUCUGCUUUGCCAUCAGCUCCGUAGCUCAUGCACAUAUCUGAGGAGAUUAUUCUUGGGAUUAUAGCAUAAGCCACAAAUCUUUUCAUCAAGUAAUGGCUAUGCCAAAGCACAAUAAAAUGUCAACAGUUACGUUGAAAGGGUUAAGAAGGCUGUGUCACAUAGUGGCUGGCUCUGUCAUUGUCCCAUUAUACUUAUUGUCACAGAACCCUGUGUAACAUUGUUGUUGUUUUUUUUAGUGAACGAUGUCACUGAGCAGUUUGUCACAUUGUGUCCCGAAUCUCAUUUUUGGCUGAUGUCUUGUUUUUUAUUUUUGCCCCUUACAUUUUUAGUUAUUUCUGAAUGGCUUUAAUUAAAUCCUGAGAGAUCAUUCACUCUGAUUUUGAAGAAAGUGCCGCAAUUAAAUAUCUCUGUUUUUGACAUCCUUAUGAAAAAAAAAAAAUACUUGUAUAAUACAUUUCUAAAUGUGCUAUAGCUUUCAACUAGAUGUAAUUAGGUGUCAGAUGUAACAUAUUAUAAUCAUUUCACUGUAUGGCCCAGAUUAGCAAAUUAUAAUGGUGUUAAAUAGUAACAAGCUUUAUAUUAUAGCUGUAAGAAGGAAUAAAUCUUGCAAUUUUACUCUUUUGGAAGUCCUCCGUUUUGAUGACAGUCAUGUGCUAAAUAUCUCGUUAUCCUUGUAGAUAGAAAUAUAUAUAUAUAUAUAUAUAUAUUUAUGGAAAAUAGGCCUUUUUAUUAGUGAUCUUUGCUACAGCAGUGAAAGGCUUUGGAUGUGGAUGAUAAUAGAAAGUUGAAAUAUAGAGUAUUCGAUUUCUUGCCCUUGUUUAGUGCAGGUAGACAGCUUGAACUCACCAAUCCAGAGUCUCUUUUUUUGUGUCCGUGAAUGGAUACUGUAUUGUGGGGUGCAGCGAUGCAGCACCUUAUGGGUGUUCUCAAUUCCUCUUAGAGUGGGAUAAUAUGGAAAACAAGACGACAGGAAACGCAAUAUAGUGCAGUAUUUUAGUAUAGGCAUUGAAAGCAGAAGUUUGUCUUCAAAGAGUGGAGAAAUUGCCUUCGUCCCUAGAUUCUUGCCAAAAUCCAUAUAGUCCUUUGUGUAUUUGGAUACCUAUGAAAUGCUUGAUAACUUGCAAUGUGAAAUCCUUGGGAGUUUGGAAAUAAUGGACAGCUAGAAGACAUUAGAGCCGUGAGUAGAUGACAUGAUGUCCUUCUAUCAGAGAAUAUCUUAAAACUUGAGUGUAGUACAGAUUAUUUUCUAUACUCCCUUGAACUUCGGUGGUGUUCUCAAUCAACAAUGGUUUUUGAAGCCCAUCUCUAGAAACAUAUCUGUUCCGGGUCUGCAUGGUGUGAAGACCCCAAAAAACAUUGCUUGAAGGUUUACCCUGGCAUCGCAGGUCUGUGUGGUCUGUAGAGUUGGAAGGUCAGAGGGCACUGCUAGGUCCUAACAGAUUAAAGGUAUAGCAACACAAGCUACGUAAAGACAGUAUUUAGGAUUCCACUGGGAAGCCGUAUCUUAAAAAAGUCCUAAAUUCUACAUGUGCCCUUCUCAUUUUUAACUUGCAAUAUUUGCUAUCUAUUUGUAUCUGCACGCUUAGUACAGUUAUUGUUUCUAAAACAUGGUCUCUUUUUACACCUUAUAUUCUAUUUAAUCAAAGUCAAUUGAUGCAGAAUCUUCAGUCCCUUUAGUGCAUACUAUUUACGGAGCUUAGAUAAUUUCUUAUAUUUCCUUUCCUUCUAAGUCAGAUUCAGAGUUACUAACUAAAAAUGUCUACUUUUCUUCCCAUGACAUCAUUAUUUUGCCCUUACAUGUAAAUUUGGGUUUUACAGUGCAGCAGCUUAUUUGCAUAUGUGGUCAAGCUGAAUUCAGAAAAGGUCACGGGUUAGAAGUGGCAAAUGAGCUUUCUUUUUACCUAGCAGUUCACGUAGGUCAGGCUUGCUAGGUUGUCUUAUUGUCAUUUGUAAGACAAACACAGAGUAACUUUCUUAAGGCCUAUCCUGAUAGUAUUAUGCAUGCAGGGCCUUAUUUCGUCAAGUCUAUUGUGUUGUCUCAUUGGCAGUCAAUGCCAAAUGACAUUGCGAUAGCAAGCUUUAACAGCUGGUUGAAUCUUGGCAUGGGUGCAGUUUGGCCCAGGCUGGCACUAACUAUAUGACCUUCUCGUAUGUCUCAAUCCUCAUUGUAUAGAUAUAAUCAACCAUUGAAAAAAUUUGGGGCCUAGCUAUGCCGAGAACAAUGGUGCUAAGGUGUGUUCUCGUAUCGCCACAAAUAUCUGCCAAGUAAAUGGGUAUUUGUAUGUUUUAUGUAAAAACACCCCAUAGUAAGUACAGGGAAGCAUUUCUUGAAUUGAUUCUAAAAAGAACUCUUAGUUUCACUCCUUGCGUGAUCAGAAAGGAGAAAUGUUCUGAAGGUAUUUUCUUAUUUGACUUUUUAUUUUAAUUUAAAUUUUUUUAUUUUUAACUUUUUUUCACAGGGGAACGUUGAAUUUUGAAUACGUUUUUUUUUUUAUUUUUUUUUGGUCAGUGGGAAUCUGUACUGUGGGCAAAAUGCCUGAGAAUUCAGAACAAUGAUCAUUGUGCCUCUAAAAAAGAUUUUAGUUUUUUCCAUAAAUAAAUCUGGGCGUAUUAAAUUGUACAGAACUCCCCUUGGGGACUAUAUGUAUCGGUGCACGCAGCUUUUGUAAACAAAGGCGAGCACGGCAAACCCAGAGAGCCGAGUGGUCCUUGUAUAUUUUUAUGGGCUCACAGAGGAUGUAGAACAAUUAUUAAAGGAUGUUCUCAGGAGUGCUAUUUUUAUAUUCAGUUUAUUAAAGUGAAUUAUUUUGUUUUCUGGCUCAAAAAAUGCAAUUAUGAUAUGAUGCAAAAAAAGUUAUAAAUAUCUAAUUAGCAAAGUAUUAAUAGCCAUUAAAAGGAAAAUAAGGGGGCUAAGGAGUUUUUCUUUUAACAUCCACCUCUGUGUGUAAUUCUUUAAGGAUAUUGUAGUUAUCCUCUCUCCACGUCAUUCUGAUACAUUUAUAACUCUAUUAAAACCUGCUUUAUAAUUAGCAUAGAAUGAGCGUGAUAUCAUCGAGGUUUUGACCAGGGGUAGGCAACCUACAGCAUUCCAGAUGUUGUGGACUAUAUUUCCUAUAAUGCUUUUACAGCCAUAAUGCUGGCAAAGCAUUAGAGUAGGUGACGCUCACAACAUAUGGAGUGGUUUAGACUGUUAUAUGUAGUCGCCUGUACCGCUUGGACUGUAGAGAGUGUUAAAGGACCACUAUAGUGCCAGGAAAACAUACUUGUUUUCCUGGCUCUAUAGUGCCCUGAGUCUGCCCCCACCCUCAGUGUCCCCCUCCCGCCGGGCUCUAGGGUGAGGAAGAGGUUAAACUUACCUCUUUCUCCAGCGCCCGGCGGGGAGCUCUUCUCCUCCUCUCCGCCUCCUCUCCUCCUCUUCGGCUUAAUGCGCAUGCGUGGCAAGAGCCGCACGCGCAUUCAGCCAGUCCAUAGGAAAGCAUUCACAAUGCUUUCCUAUGGACGCUGGCGUCUUCUCACUGUGAAAAUCACAGAAGCGCGGAAGUGCCUCUAGCGGCUGCCACUAGAGGCUGGAUUAACCCAUUUAUAAACAUAGCAGUUUCUCUGAAACUGCUAGGUUUAUAGAAAAAAGGGUUAAACCUAGCUGGACCAGGCACCCAGACCACCUUAUUAAGCUGAAGUGGUCUGGGUGCCUAUAGUGGUCCUUUAAUGCGGAGUGUACGGGGUAGAUUUACUUUGGUAAAGUGAUGCAGCAUUCUCAAAGUGGAGCAGUCUCCUUGGAAGCCAAUAGCAUCAUCAGGAACCUUCCUAUGGUUUCCAUGACAAUCGCUUCAUUUUUAGAACUUUGAAGUUAAUAUCUAUUUUAUUUUUUUGUGAGACUUUUAAUAAUCUCAGUCUUUUACACAGUCCGUUUACACAGAUUAAUUCAAACUAUUAACUUUUCACUACCCAGGUGGUUCAGCGUAUUAAGGCGAUUGAAAAUGAGACACGGUUGCUGGUGGUGGACCGAGAAACAGAUGAACACUUGCGUCUUAAAGAUGACCGCUCAACGACCGAAUCUCUACCCAACUCCAGCGCUCCCAGCUCACCUUCUGGGGGGAAUAACAACGGGGAGAUCUGGAAACCGAAAGAAGAUACAAGCCACGAGGACAAGUUACAGAACAACCACAGCACAGAGAAUGGGAAGCAGGUACGUGAUUGGCAGUGACGGGCAAUGCCCGAAUAUUGAAUUAGCUAAUCAAUGGCAAAAAAUGAAAUACUUAGGAGUAAAUUGCUUGUGAAAAACAAAACCUCAUUAAAACCCCGUCAUAGUGUAAAAUAGCUUAAAUCAAUAAAGCUCUUAACAACCAUAUAUAUAUAUAUAUAUAUAUAUAUAUAUGCCUCGUUAAUGCUUUUUAAAACCUUUCAGCUGUUUUAAGAUUUUUUGUAAUUAUAAACAUCAUACUUCUUGUUUUGCAACUACGUAAUAUAUGAUCAGGAAAACUUUCCGUGUUAUUCACAAACGGGAGACUUAUCUGGAAUUUUAAGUGAAUUCAAAUUUAAAGUCAAAACAAAUGAACUGAAAUUAAAGAAUAGCUGAAUUUUCUGUUUGUGACCUUAAAUUCGAAAUGUAUUUUGAAUUCUUGACAAUACUCACUUUAGUGAAAAAUCCUAUUCAAGUUUACUAAGGGAAUUCCUUUUUGUUUUUGUCCAAAUAACCAAACUGGAAAAGCACUUGGAGCUUUGUUGACCUAAAUUUGCAGUUCCCUAAUAAUGUUCCGCUGUUCACCGUUUAGUAGAUAAGCCACCUGGUCACAUGCAUGCUGGGUGUUGAAAAGAUCUAAGUUCAAGAUAUAAGCGAACCCCUAGCAUUCUUAUCUGUAUUAUGAAUGCCAUUGUAACUGCUUAAAAACUUUAUUUAUUUUAUUACUUUUCCAUAAAAUGCCGCUUUUUUGACCAUUUAUCUUUUUGUGGGCAUUUUUUUUUUUUAUCUACAUCUGACGUUCAUUUCUAACCACACUAUGGUAAACUAUAGAAUGCUUAUAUCCAGCGGCAGACAUGGGUUUAACAUAGCUCUCUUAGAGUAUUGAGUUAAAAGGACCUUCAUGCACUCUGCAAUAAAAUAGCACAGUGUGCAUAAGAUUUCACAUACCGCAAAAGUCACAUGAUAACCUAGAAUGCAAAGCCGCCGGUCAGCUGAUUAGAUUACUUUUAAUUUACCAUUCACAACAUUUUUCUUUAAAGAUAUAGUAAGGGUGUAAGGGACUUUGCUAAACAACUAAAAUGCAUUCGAUUUAAAACAGAAUUGCAACAUUUUUUUAUUUUUUUUUAAUAUUCCACAGUUCGGUAUUUUGCGAAUAAACUCCUAUGCUUAUCUCCACUAAAUUUUAUUUAAUAGUAAAAGGUUAGUAUUUCUAUAUUUAAAGUUGUAUUUUUUUUCAUUUAUUUUAGCAUUUCAAAUUAAGCUAGGUAGAAAUUAUUCCAAUUAUUAAAAAAAACAAAAACAAAACAAAACGCUGAACUGCUUUCGAAAAUGUAAAAGAAACAAAAAAACAAUAAACUUCCUCGAAAUAUUAUUUUAUCAACUAACUGCUUGAGAAAAAAUUUCUUGGCCACUUCUUGACAACUGAAUAAAUUCCGCUGAGCACAUUUCCUAAGUCAAGUUUGUUUUCCUCCAUAAUACUUUUUAAAAAUCACCUUUCCCAUGUCCAUUUCCCCUUAAUUGUUAUCGGAUAUAUUUUAGAGUCAUGAAGGCCUGCAGCAUGUAAAUGUUCAAAUAACCACAUGACGUAUAUAUGUGAAGCAGGUCAGGAGCGAAUAUUCUCAGUGUUUUUGGCCUUGAGCUCACACUGUUUUUUGUUUUUCCCAAUUCUUGCAACACUCUUGGCCCAAAACUCAUCCAGUCAUAAAUUCCUCUUUUAACGGGACAUUCUAAGCACUCUAACCAAUACAGCUCAAUGUAGCAGUUCUGGUGCAAAGAGUGUUUGUGCGCAGUCUGUCCCUUUGUUUUUUAAUAAAAAGGUAGAUUAGCCCAACACUUUGCAUCCUGUUAUUGACAUCCACAUUUGUACUAAUUUGGAGGGGGUGAUAACGAGAGAGUCCCCGUUUUUCAAACAGUUUGAUAAAAUCCAGAGGGCUCACACCCAGUGAUUUUUUGCACCAUAACUACUACAAUAAACUGUCGCAGAUCAGGUGCUUAGAGUGCCUUUUAAAGGCAUAGCAAGCCUUUUUUUUUUUCAUGUGAAGGAUGUGCAGUUUUUCUUUGCUGUCAAUUAAAGCUAUAGUAGACUUCCUUUAAAUGUGGACACUUUUUUGUGUUUAGAACUUUCCUCUCUAUUUUUUUGACAUGCCAACUGCCUGAUACCACCAUAACUACUACAACAGGCUGUAGUGGGUAUGGUGCUAACAUUGCUUUAAGGACAAAGUAAAUAUUAUUUCUGUGAAGUUCAGUUAUACACUCAUACACACCAACAUAAUGGAGCUCUGGACCUAGACAAUACGGACAUUUAACAUUGAAAAAGAUUGGCAGACCAAUAUGGACCAAAAUAGGGACUGUCCUUUCUAAACAGGGACACUUGGAAAGUAUGCUUUUAGACUCCAUAGUCAUACACUACCACUGGGUUGGUGGAACCUAAGUUUAGCUCUCGGUAUAUUGUAAGCUGCAGACCUCUGUUUCCUCCAGUUUUGCUAAUUCCAAGGGGCCUGUUUCUGCUCCCCCAUGACGAUUCACAUUCCCACAACCCUGCGGUGGGGGGAGGGGGCUGUUUUUGUCUUUUGCAAACAUUAGCUGGUGAACUGAAAAUGUUUUAAGUAACAUAAAACAGAUCCGUGAAGAAGAGGGGAGAUGGGGUCACAGCCAAGUAGUAGACUUUUUGUUUGAAAGGUUUUUAUAUUUUAGUUACUAAAGAGACAUGGGGGGGGGAGGGGUGCUGACUAUUCUACUUGGACCCUUAGCAGGACAAUGCUGUGAUCACUGAAAAGGAUCUGUACUAGAUGUGCAACACUUGCCAUGCUGUGAACAGCUACUAUGAUGCUCAGAAAAAGCCGUAAUAUCAAUCACUCAGGGGAUGAGCAAUUAACGGUGUUACUCUGUCCAUUGGCACGUAAAAGGGUUAACCUGCAGAUGCACGCUUCCCUUUUUUAAUGUAUUUUUCAGUCUUUAGUGCCUGUUUUACGCAGCAUGUAAAAGUAAUAGAUAUUAAUGACCUUGGUUUAAAAAAAACACCUUAAAUCGAAACUGUACUAAGAGAUACAUUUCGGACAAUGCAAGUUAUUGAAACAGAGAUUGCAUUAAAAAAAAUAUAUUUUCUUCCCUAAAAUUUACCUUGUGUGGGAGACUCAAUACUCAAUCUUCUCUUUCGUGUAUUACUAUGUUUAAUACUUUAAUAACUGCUGACCUUAUUUUAACGCUGGGAUUGCCACGAAGGUCGGCACAGCAUUAUGGGAGUUGUUGCCAGCUGGAACCUACAGUUGAAUAAAUUAAGCACUAGAAGCAAGGUUGUUUUUUUUUCUCUGUCUUUACGAUCUGUCUGUCUGUCUAUCUAUCUUUCAGUCAGUCUGUCUGAUUUGCAUAAUGCUUCCUACGUAACAGAAAUUACAAGAGAGUUGUCAGAGAUCAGGUGCGCGCAGGGAAGGUAUAAAUACACCACAUUUCACUGUGGCAAUUUUCUAUUAUGGACUACAUCUCCCAUUAUGCUGGCAUGAGGGGAGAUGUAGUCACAAUAUCUAGAGUGACGAACAGUUGCGCACUCCUGGUUUAGAAAAUAAACUCUCCUACGUUUAUAGAUAAAAUACUGAGAUAUAUAUAUAUAUACAUUCACUUAUUACUAUAAUUGUACAACCUGUGGAAGGGUUAAACAGCUUUAAACGCGUUGCCAGGUAAUUUGUUCUGUGCCUUUUUAUUCCCUGGGUUCAUUCCAUACAUUAUUGUGUACUUUGGCCCCUGACACGAAAACCGGUGUCAAGGUUAUAAGCAGAGCUCAUCAAAAGCUGAACUCCACGUGAGGACACUAAAGCAUUGGGUAUAACUCUUCCCUGCGACAGUACCCACAGGUAUUAAAGAAAUAAAAUGACCCAGGGGAACGCGUCAGUAAUUGAGUUAGCACAGAGCCGACGCACUUUCUGGAGCUAUGUUUAGAAGCUCUCAGGAACAAACAUUUUAAUUUAAUACUUGCUCCUGCCGGCCUACUGUGAGAUCUCUUUUUUAUUAUUAUUUUGUUCAAAAUGUCAUCUUACUCUAAAAUCCAUUCUUUUUUAAAAAAUUCUCCUUAUGGCUGAUUUUAAGAAAACAACCUGUUUUAUAUAUUUAUAUAUUUAUAGUGCUACUUUGUAUUAUUCCUAAAAUCACAUUAUUAAUACUAUUACAAUUCCAAGUAAUAUUAGACUUGCCAAAUCCGCUAUAUUUUCCUGGGCACGUAUCACAGCUAUACACUGAUGGACUUCACAUGAAGAGUGAUGCCAUGCAGUAGUCAUUCAUAUGAUACAAGAAGGAAAUGAAUGUGUUAAUAAAGAAGGAAGCCAAAAGGAACUGCCUUGGUUAGAUAACAAAUUUCUUUGCCCAUCACUCUCAGACAGUUAACGAAACCUGGUUGGAAGAAAUUCACAUUAAUGCUACGGAUUAUCAAUGCAAACGUCGGUCUCCAGGUGCAGGGAAGAGCCCCAUUUUAUAUCAAACUGUUCAUCAUUUGAUAGUAAAUUGGAGGAUAAUGCCUGGGUGCUCUAUAAACAACAUAAUCUCAACAGUGAAAUGUUUAUGUUACUUAGGGUGACCCUUUAAGUGAACAUCGCGAUUGGUUGAGGUACUUCCUGGUUUGAGGAGAUUUCACUGCAUAAGCUUCAACGAAUAGGAAUUUGCUGCCAGUGUAGGGUCUUCAAAUGUGAAUAUUUAUUAUUAAUAUUAUUAUUAUAAUUUUGAAUUUAUUUUUUUUAGAUAUAUUUUAAGUGCAGUAUCUACAAAAUGUUUUAAAAUAGAAAAGGCCAACACCAGGAGGGGGGGCGCUUUCCCCCAGACACGUUAGCAGCCAUAGUUACUGUAAUACCAAAAGAGGGCAAGGACCCGACGAAUUGCGCGAGCUACCGCCCCAUAUCGCUACUAAACGCAGACCUUAAACUAUUCGCAAAAGCCAUUGCCCUGAGAGUUGCAAAACACCUCCCCCACUUGGUACAUUCUGAUCAAGUGGGGUUUAUCCCGGGUAGGGAAGGGAGAGACAACACGAUUAAGGCCCUGAACAUCCUACACAUAGCACGAGCGCGCCGUAGAGAACUUCUACUACUUUCCACCGAUGCCGAAAAGGCUUUUGACAGGGUGAGCUGGGUGUAUCUGAGGAGUACCCUUACACACAUGGGAUUCGGCCCCAACAUGCUGGCCUGGGUGCUCUCACUGUACACGUGCCCCAUUGCGAGGAUCUGCAUUAACGGGGCACUUUCAGCCCCUUUCCCAAUCAGGAAUGGCACCCGCCAGGGAUGCCCGCUCUCCCCCCUCCUGUUUGCCCUCUCCCUGGAACCAUUUCUGGGGGCGGUCAGACGGAAUGGGGGAAUCUCUGGAUUCGACCUUGGUGGUCACGAAUACCGGGUAGCCGCAUAUGCAGACGAUAUGCUGUUCUUUCUUACACAGCCGUUGAUCUCACUGCCCAACCUCCUAGCAUCUUUCCGAGAGUUUGGGGCACUCUCUAAUCUUAAACUUAAUACGGAUAAGUCCGAGGCUCUCCACCUCCCACCCCCUACAGGCCCCCCAACACACCUUCACACCCAAUACAAGUUUAAAUGGUGCGAAACUAAAUUAAAAUAUUUGGGCAUAUGGCUGACCAAGGACCCGUCCCAAUUAUACCACCAUAACUAUCACCCUCUCCUACUCUCACUUCAGACGGACCUUAAGAAAUGGACCCCAUACUACAUCACCUGGUUCGGACGUAUCAAUGCGAUUAAAAUGAACGUGUUACCCAGGAUACUCUACCUAUUCCAAACAGUGCCAAUUACUCUCCCCAGAGCCUUUUUUAGCUCUAUGACGACUGCCAUCCGCAGAUUUGUUUGGAACUCUCGCCCAACCCGAAUAAAAAAAUCAACCCUGGAACUACCAAAAUUGAUGGGGGGCACGGGACUGCCCUCCAUAGAGACAUAUUACCGCGCCGCCCACCUGCACAGACUGACGGACUGGCACGCACAACACCCAUUAAAACAAUGGGUGACCAUUGAGCUAGAACAAACUGAUAGAAAAAUACCCUCUAGGCUUUGGCUACAUACUGCCACAUACGCCGACCUGCACACCGAGAACCCACUAAUCGACGCCACGCUCCGAGUGUGGAUAGCUAUACGCUACCGACUGCAACUCACAAGUUCUCCUAGCCCCUUGACACCCAUCACACAUAACCCAGACCUGGCCGAUGCUCUAACCCCACAAGACCUAGCCGGCCUCCAGCAGGCAGACUGGAUGUACCUGCACCAAUGGCUCGACACUCAGGGACUUAAACCACUCAGAAACCUCUGCCCAGAUAGACCACCGACGAUACUCGAACAAUUCAGAUACCACCAAGUUAAGACGUACUUCAUAUCCUUACAUGGUCGAGGACACCUGACUAGACCCCUCACCAGCUUUGAACACCUGUGCGUACACCGAACACACGUACACAGAGGUAUCUCCACUAUACAUACCAUACUCAAGACCCAAACUAACGAAGAUGUGGUGCUCAAAUUUAAAGAUCAUUGGGAGAGAGACUCGGGGGAAGUCCUUACUGUGCAAGACUGGGACAAGAUUUACACUCUCACACAUAAAUGCUCUAUCAGCUCCAAGUACCAGGAGCUGAACUACAAAAUUUUAACACGCUGGUACAGAACCCCAGACGUACUCAAUCGCAUGAACGUAGGUGCCCCGGACACCUGCUGGAGAUGCGGCUUGCAUACCGGCACGUACUUCCACAUCUGGUGGCAGUGCCCCGAGAUUACCACAUUCUGGGAGAGGAUCAGGGUAGAGAUAAACAGAAUCACAGGUGCGGAGCUAACCCUAGGACCCCUAACGAUGCUAUUACACCACACCCCCACACCCGUUAAGACAUAUAAGAAAUCCCUCUUGCUGCCACUACUCAACGCGGCAAAGGCCCUUAUCCCUAUGAUGUGGAAACAGAGGGGAGCGCCUACCCUCCAGCAAUGGGUGACAAGGGUGGAAGAGAUCCACUCAAUGGAAUCCUUAACUGCAGACCUCCACGGUAGACAGGAGCAAUGUGCACUGACCUGGUACCCUUGGGAAACAUACCUAGCCAACAGAUUAGCAAACCCAAACACGGCCCCCCAGAGGCCCGCAGUUAACCGACUCAUACAGAGCUAAGCCACCCGGCUACUCCUCCCUCCUAGGUCCCCUACCUCCUGACCCUUUCCCGAGACUGGACAUUGGACUGAACCCCAACGACCGACUCUGACGAGCUCGUAAAUGGGGCUUAUCAAUACGCACACCCACUGUAAUCACAGGUGUAAAAUACACAGGAAACCGAGACCCAACCUAGAGCUGAUACCGGCAUGAAAAUAUCCCCUCCUGGCCUCCUAGACUGAUACCUAGAGUAUCCUCCCUUAUGACAAACUAUACCGAUAGGCAUACAAAUAUAUACACCAGCAACAGCCAACCCACAAUAGUGGGGAACUUAACCUAAACCAUCACACUUUGCUCUCACCUAGGCGACAAGAUGGCCUUGAAUGUUAAUAAGUGCUGAGUAGUCUGGGGAGGAGUUAAGGCACUAAAGAUAUCUUUUCUCGCUAGCGUGGCCCUAUACCAUGCCCAACAAUAUAUAUAUACAUGCCAAGCGACAAAAAGGUUCCUGACACUGUUGGUAUGAAACGUGAAAUGAGAAAUGUAGCGUGUCAGAAAACUUACCCCCCACAGCACCCAGACUAGACACCGAUUCACACCCUACACGAAGAGCGCACACCAUAGGUGCAACAAACUGCGCAUUGUAGGCUAGUGGGGAUACGAGACUAGAAACCUGACCUUAAAUAAUUCUACCUAAAGCAUGUGAUGGAAACUAUAGAAAUAUUGUUUGAGAAAACUGUUUUGAGAAUGUUAAAACAAUGGUGACGAAUGUUGUUAAGCUAUUCAGAAAACUGAUGUUAAAAUUGACGUUAUACCGUUACUACAUCUUUCCUUGAAAAAAUGAUAAAACUUGAAAAUAAAGAUUGUCAAAAAAAAAAAAAAAAAUGCCUUAGCUGCUCAACCCUGUAAUGAAAGAGUUAAUGAAAACCCAAAUCUUAUCAUCCCCAGCUCUAACUCCAGGCUCUACCCUUAAUUCUAUAGCUUAACUUAAACUCUCUCUAGUUGCUGUGUGCUACACUACACGUAACUCUACGCUGAGCAGAUCCGUGAGUCAGAGUCCACAUGAGCGUGCCAUGGGACAUCAAUCACACAGGGGACAUUAUCGUGACCACACUGCUAAAACAAACAGAACGUAUUUUAUAAUGUCUGUUUACUUUGUUAGUUUGUGCUGAAACCAGGUGCCCUCAAACACCUUUCAUUUCAGGUUCAUGGUCGUCCAUGUACCUUCGGUUCUUUAGUCCCCUAAGCAUCGAUGAUGGUCUAUGACCUCAUGAAAUAUUUUAUUUAAUAUAAAAUCCAAUAUAUAGUGACAUAUGCAGUCUGUACUGCUAGAGAAGAAUGGCGUUUAAUGCUAAAAUAAGGUGUUCGAAAGUCAUGUUGAGUAGAAAUUACCAGUGGCAGACCCUCUCGGCUUGCAGUGGCAAGUAACAUUUCUUUGUUAGCUUUUGUAACUUUGUUUGGUAGCCUAGAACUUUAAAUUUUGAGCCCUAUAUUAAAAUAUAUACUUGAAUUUCAUAGUUAUUUUAUUUUUAUUUAUAAAAUAUUUUACCAGGAAGGACACAUUGAGAUUUCUCUUGUUUUCAAGUAUGUCCUUCAUGGAGUCCUGAAAUGGAUGGUGUUGCUAACCGGGCGCUAAGAAAUUGGCAUUUCACAAUACCUUUUCCAAGCCAGUUUUGUAAAUAGGGAGUCACGGAUUGGCUGUGAGCAUCAGUUGACCACUCUCAGCCAAUCAGCGGCACCCCUGCCCGCCGGCGCUCCGAGCUUCUUGAAUCUGAAAAAUACAGAAGGGGUGAGUGGACAUCGCUCCUGGAUGCAACUUUAGGGUUAAACCGUUCGAGAAUACAGUGUUGCAUAACUCCCAGACAGCAGGCAAUAUUGCGUAAUGUUUCGGGGGCAUUUCUUAUUUUUUUCUUUACCACUUCUUAAUCUAAAUUUGCGAAUUGCCUUAACUUGUCAAUUAGCCGCAGCAAAAUAAUGAACGAGAUUCUUUUGUGCCCCCGUGGCUCAUUUUGUGUUUUGCAAUGCGUUCUGGCAAUUUGCACCUCGUUAAGAGGGUUCCUGAGCUGCGAGUCUCUGUAGGCUUCGCUUGAAUAAUUGUUAUACAGGCCUCUGUGCAGGGAGAAAGAACUAGUCUGUUUCCAGAGAGAAUUGUCUUUCAUUUGAAAAGAAACUUGCAGCUAAAGGCAUCAUCAAGGCCAUGGGUAGAAAAAACAGCAACAGAUGUAACAAAAAUCUCUUCAUUCUGCCUUAGAGGGACACUAUAGUCACCAGAACAACUACAGCUUAAUGUAGUUGUUCUGGUGAGUAUUAUAGCUCCCUUCAGGCAUUUUCAUGCAAACAUUGCCUUUUCAGAGGAAAGGCAGUGUUUACAUUGCUCCUAGGGACAUCUCCAAGUGGCCACUCCUCAGAUGGCCACUGGAGGGGCUUCCUGGCUCAGGGCUGCACAGUAGGCAGCCCUGCCGUUCAGCGUUUCCACGCUGUGCAUGGGGAUGCUGAAUUUCCUCAUAGAGAUGCAUUGAUUCAAUACUAACAAGUUAUUUACCUGUCAAAUCCUACUCUGAAUUUUGGCCCACCCUGUAUUGUGACCUGAGCAGACGUUGCUGUAGUAGGUGCAAGGUUACAACAUCUUACUGUGGACAUUGCCUUCACAAUAAGUGAUUAUUCUCAGAGACUUUAUUUUCUGUCUAUUCUUGUUGGCAUUGCCAAUGAUGCUCUGUAUCUUUCUGCCAGGGCUGGCAUUGGAAACAAGCACAUUGUAUAUCCUUGUACAACUCAAACUAAUUAUCUGAGAACAAUGCGAUCUCAGAUAAUUACAACUCAGUCCUUGGUCAUUUUAUUAGCUAUUUUAAUUGUGCCAUUACCUGGGUGAAAAUAGACACCAGCCCAACCAGAAGUGCUAAUUUAUUCCUUCUUGCAUUGUUAAAGUUCACCUGUCAUUAUAAACUUGUCUGGCAGGAUUAAUUACUAAACUAUAAAUUGUCGGGAAUUCGAACCCUGUUAAUGUCAUUGUACGGGAAAUAUAAUUUUUAUCCGGCUUUGUACUGGCCAGAUUGCUAGCAAAUGUAUAGUUACAAACUUAUAACUAUUUUGUGUUUCCUAAUCCUCUUAAUUUUUAAACUGCAUAACAGUAAAAAAAUAUAAUAUGUAUUCAUUAAAAACCAUAUUAUUGUGAACUGCAAAAUAAAAUAGUGAGUGUUACUGAAUUGGAGGAGUGCUCAAGUUCAUAACAUUGUGCCUACAUUGUGCACAAAUGUGUCACUCCACCGGCCAAAUAAAAAAUAAAAGUACGUUGACAUGUCCACAAAAGCAAAAAUGCAGAAGUUGAGCAAGAUCAUGAGGGAUACUGUUUAAAUCUAACUGUAACUGCUCUUAUUUUAUUCCCCUGUAAUUCCUGCUGGGGCUCCUUUAGUAAAUAAAUAAAUAUUGUCCUGAAAUUGGGGGUAUGUUUAAAAAGAUAUUGUGUGCUGCCUUUGUAAGCCCUCCCCUUCUAACCCCAACCAGACUUUCUGUGACUGUCCAAUCGCAGACUUUCCAAUGCAGGUCAAUAAGACUUUGCAAGGCAGGUGCUCUGAGCAAUUGCUGCCUCUUAAAUUUAGCUUCACUAAGCUGACCAAACCAGGAAGUAACAGGACUGACUGUUUGAUUGACAGCUCGAGGGGGUGUAACAAGGUUAAUUUAUAAAAGUGCCAAUUUGUAAUGAAAUCUGUACUUUUUGUAAAAUUAAAAAAAGAAGACACACUCCUCACACAUAAAGCACUUCAGCACACUGAAGUGCUUUAUGCAUGUGAAGUGCUUUUUAAAACCGUAGGCAUGUCAGUAGCUUGUUAGGUACAGUGUAGGUGAGUCUAUUUUCUCAGAUGUUACUGAGAAGUGAGAUACAGGGACGCUGGCCCAAAUUGUGCCUGUUCUGUUCAAUUCUCUUUCAAUGAGGUGUGUUUGAGAAAUGCAGUGAGCACAUACGAGGCGAGUGACAUAUCUGUCACUUUAUUUCCUCUCACACACCAGCCCCUAGCCAGAGUACACAGGCCCCAAUCGGUGUUUGGUGUCUAAGAGUAAACAUACGAGCAUGAUUUUAUAGCAAAUAAGUGACUUUUUACAGAACUAACUUGUAACCCGUCCAUGUGUCUUGUUUUUACCUUAUUCCAUUUUCCUGUCCAAGAAUUUGUAAAGUAGAAUUUCCAUUCAUUUUUUACACCUGGGUAACGGAACAAUAAACCCGUAACGUCAGCCAAUGUAACAUAGUUCCUUUCACUGUGAGUUUGCCGCAGUGUGAUUACAGAGCAUGUCCUCAAAAGGAGAUUAAAACCCUUACAUGCUGUGAGUUAUAAAAUUAAUUUUUUAUGUCGAGAUGCUAUUGACUUUGGCUCUACUUUGGCAUUGUUUCCAUUUUUUUGUCAUUAUAACGAAGUGUGUGAGAAAACAAAAAAUAUAUAUAAUGUGAUUAUUAACAUGACUUGUGUGGAAGCAAGUGUUAGAGGGUUAUUAUACACUAAAGGGAGAAUGGUCAAAUGUAAGGCCAAAAUAGACAAAUUGGUGACAUUCUCCAAUUCAGCUAGGGUUCCAGUUUGGCGCAUGCGACUUUAAAUUUAAAGUUCACUUUGAACUCAUGACAAUUCUCAUGUUAGUAAAUAACCCUGUUACAGUUAAAGAAAGUGCACCACCUCCUGUAGGGUGGAAGAAGAUGGAAUAUCUUUGCCAUAUUUUAAUUCAGAUUAUGUAGUUUUUAUUUUGUAAUAUCCAAACAUCCAAAAUAUAUGUGAUAUAUAUAUAUAUAACCACCACCUCAAAUUCUCUUAGAUUGCAAGCUUGUUUGAGUAAGGCCUUAUUUACCUCUAAAUGUCUCCUUUCUAUCAUUGUAAAGCACUGCGUAAUAUGUUGGCUCUCUAUAAAUGCUAAUAUUAAUAAUUUAUUGUUUCAAUGAUUGGUCCAAUAUGUUUAAAAUGGAAUGUUGGAACAUGAUGUGCAUUUUACACUUAAUUAGCAAUUUAAUAAUAAAACCAAUACUGUACUAAUACUGAUUGGAUGGCUUGUCUCCAAGUUGUGGCUACACUGAGGACAAGUAUUUAAGUUAAGAGACCAGCAGGGUGAAAUCUUUAGAUGUCUUCUCCAGGAACUCAGGUUAUCUGACUGAGAACUUCGGAGAAUUCAUUUUCAAACCAACCCCACCAGCAGUAGAGGUCCAAGACCGUAUUCAAUUUAGUUAAAAUCGAGAUAUUGAUCAAAUUUGGAUUAUAUUUAUCCAGUAGGAAUAGUUUUGGCAAGAUUGCCCUAGUGUAUAAGUUGUGAUGAUCGUGGACAACUGCUUGUCCACUAAGAAAUUCCAAAUUUACAUUUUUGAUUUUGUUAUAAUAUACCCAUAACACAAUAUAAUAAAAAUGUAUUUCGAAUAGUUCAAGAUUUGAUCAAGGAGAAGUGACCUCCCAUUCCGGUCAGGACUGGGUGGUGUGCCUAGUCCUCUGAUUAUCAGCUGGGGUGGGGAAGACAUCCUAAUUGGCCAUCAACCAGAACUGUAACAAAACUGGCUGUGAUCCAGAACCUAGAUCUUAUCCUCCCUAAACCAGGGGUCAUUGUGCGAAUAGGAAUCUGCCUUCUGAAUGAGCAUUGUAUGUUCCAGUACAAACUUAAUUCUAAAGGAGAAAGCACCUUAUGUAAUCAUCUAUGGGACCUUUUUAGUAAUCCAAUUUGGAAUGUCACCAAGAUGUUAUUUGACCAGACUUGGCUCGUGUUCUAAAUGCUAGAAUCCACAAAAUAUUGCAGGUAGCAGUCAAAACCAAUCUGUAGAGUCAUAGCUUUAAAACUCUGUACAUUGAGGGCUGUCCUUUAAAUGACUUUCAGCACAACAUAAUGUUCUCACUUUAAACUGAGUGACUUUUUGCCAAAUCAAAAGGACCCUUGCUUAUUUUUGAAUAUUUGUUUAUUAGUUUCUUUACUCCAGAAUAUAUGUGAUAUGUUUAUGGCGAAUUUAUGUAUAUUUUUAAAGAGAUUACUAGUAUCUUUCAGACCGUGCAUAUCAUCACAGACCAGCAUGAUACAUGAUGGUAUUGGCUAGACCCUCUAGCUGGGAAUUUUUUUUCACAAAUAUCUGCAGUUGUGAUGGUGGAAGCACAUUGUUCUGCAGGGAUUAUAUAUUCAAGCACCAUGACCACUUCAGUGAUUUGAAACGCUGCACAUACAGAGUUUAAUGCGCCUGCUGCCGGAUGUGAAGCUCCACUUGCGGCAGCGUCAUUGGUGUGUCAUUAGCAAGCCUGGAACAAGAGUUCUGGACUGGCAAAUUAUUAUUACUGGUAUUUAUAAAGAGUCAACAUAUUUUGCAACGCUGUACAGUUGGGGAAAAAGACAGUACAAGAUCUUUUGAAGAUCUUUUACACAGAGUACUUUUCUAGAUAGCCCAUGAGCUUACAAUCGGUUUAUGACAUCCUACUGCAGGAUGUCUUCAAUCUGCCUAUAAGGAAGAUCAAGAGCUUGACAGGACCCAGCUUUGCCCAUAUUUGCCCAUACUGGGGAACAGGCCAAGGUACUCCUCACAGAGGGGUGCAGUGUUUAUGAUGGCUGGAGUAAGCCUUUAAGCACACAGCCCUGCUGAGAAGAGGAAUGCAGAGCACUAGUAGUCAGGGUAAGGCUCUGCAAAGGACAAUAAUUGAGUGCCGCACUGUGCUUUGGGAGAAAUGGCACAAACAUUGCAGGUAGACGAUGCAGGUAGACGAUACAGGGAUCCCAUUGUACAGCGCUGCAGAAUCUGUUGGCGCUAUAUAAAUAAUUAAAUUAAUUUAAGGAAAAUGUGUGCAUUGAUUUCCGUCCAUUGCAGCAGCCCUUUUCGAGAGGAGAGUUUUCCUAAAUAGUUUAGUGUUUUGAUGUAGCUUGUUCAAACAGAGAUGCUGAACACGAUAUAGGAAGUAGUAGCCCAGAAGAAAGUAGACAACCUGAAUUAUAGCGGAAAUGUUGUUUAUUAACCAGUCGGGUUCCUUAUUAACAUUCUAUUGUAUCAGAGUUACAACAUCAUCCAGUUCAGUUACUUGCCGUACCUUGCGUCAUACAUCAUUUCUCUAGUGCCGAAUGGAAUUUUAUAUGGUUAUGUUUGUAACCUGAUCAGUUUUGUAAAAAAAAAAAAAUCUGAAUGUUUUCUUUUUUAUAUAUUACAGGUUAAAAGCAAGUCUCAUAAUCCUAAUUCUUUAAGAACUUGUUUUUUUUUUUUUAGUUAUUUCAGCUUUGGUUUUGUGGCAUUAAAAUCUGAAUGUCCAAUUUCCCAGGCGAUUUAAAGCUUCCCAGCUCAUAUGGCUCAGUUAAUGGCCCCAGCUGACAUAUUUAUUGCUUUCAGGUGAACAAAUUGCAUUCUGGGUCAGGGACUUGUGACUCUGUGACCUCUCUGAUUUGUAUGCAGCCAUGUGUAAUUAGGGGCAGUGAAAGGCCAUUGAAAAUCAGCACCUCUAAAAAAAACCCAUAAACAUUAAAAUUCAGAAUAUUUAAUAGAAUUGUACAGUCUGUUUUUGUUUAUCUGUUUAUUUUCUCAAUCUUUCGUAUUUCCAUUUUUUUCUAUCACUAAUGUGUCUGUUUUGUAAUCUGUAGGAGUGCUGCUUAUUGUCAUUUUAGUCUUUUUGUCCUGAGGGUUUUUUGCUCCACUGUGUUUAGUGCAAACAGGGCGUUUCAGCAUUUUUAGAUUGUUAGAAUGUAUUUAUACUAUAACUGAGACUAUAACCAACUAAGUAACCAGCAAAAACGUCUGUUAUCCUCAGUAUCUAAAUCCGGAUUGUGGGUAUUGUAGUCAGUCCCAAUGGUUACUGGUUGAUUUUAUAUAUAUAGACUGUAAGCUCGGUUGAGCAGGGUCCUCUUCAACCUAUUGUUCCUGUAAGUUUUCUUGUAAUUGUCCUAUUUAUAGUUAAAUCCCCGCUCUAAUAAUAUUGUAAAGUGCUACGGAAUGGCAAUAAUAAUAAUAAUAAUAAUAAUAAUAUAUAAAUAAAAAAAUAAAAAAAGAAGAAAAAAUAAUAAUAAUAAUAAUAAAAUAUAUAUAUAUAAACUACAAUAUAAUUAGAAGUUGAAAUAACUUUAAUCCGCUUGGCAAUCUGUGUUUUGCCAAAGUCCGCUGCAUGUUGGGUUUCCUGUAACCAGUGUGUAGCUGUGGAUUCGGGGUUUGUAUAUACAAUCUGAGUGUCACGCAGAUUGUCCAUUCUUAGAAAUCCCCCAGCGUCACUCAUUACAGCUGCAUGUCAGAACACCGCAGAUAGGGCGUGAGGAAGGGCAGAAUAAGUAAAGAUCAGACCACAUUUCCUGCCUGCUUGCUGUGCCUUUAAUUUAGGGUAAUCUUUAUUUUUAUUUUCCUUGUAUUUUCACUCACGUUUCCCAAAAUGAAUCCUCACUAAACCUAACAGGCUAUUUACCCAUCCCCCCGCUAUUAUAUAGAAUUUAUCAUUACGAUCUCAAUAGGUGGUGAAAAUGCCACCUUAUGGCUUAUUUUGUUUCAAUGCAGUCAUUAAUCCAUUAACCCUUCAUUGUCAGCUGGUUGCCAAUUUGACUGCCGUUAAUGCAUAAUUUUCCAACUUUAAAGACACUUAAUAAUUGAUAACCUAACCGAGUCAAUAUGGAGUUUUUGUCUCCAUUUUUAGUUUAAUGUAAGGUGACGCAGGUGUCACCCGGUCAGACGUCUGCGUGAUUUUGUUGCUUAAGACACAUAGCGUACAAUGUUUUUAUAAAAGCCUUUUGUGACCGCCUCUGCUCUCAUCGCUCUUGUAUGUUCUGUCCGUGACAAUAUGUAAUUCUUUGUGUACUGUAAACUGUUUAUAGUAUAAAUUUGGCUUAAAAACUACGCUGCUGGCUGCAUAUAGCAAACAGAAUCCUGAUUUGGCAUAUGUCAGCUGCAGUAUUUUGCAUACCUAAUGUCUUUAUUAAACAAAUCUGGUUUAUUGUCUGGUCGAGAAGUGCAGGAUAAAUGGAAUUUAGAAAAAUUGUGCAAUCGACAAGUUAUGUAAAACCCACCUCCUACUUAUUCAUUUAUUUGUCUUUUUUACGUAGAUAAUAACGUUUUUUUGUAUGUUUUCACAAAUAGUUUUGCAUUAAAGUAAUGCGCCGGGCUCCAUAGAAACUUUGUCUCAGUGAAGUUGUUAUGGUGCCUGGAUAUUAUGGGCACCGUCUUACCUAGAGUGCUCUUUUUAUAUAUUCAUUCUCUUACUCAUACAUUUUUCCUUUUCUAACAUGUCCAGCUUUCAAGCAUUCGGUGUGUGAUUAUACAAUAUAUUUCACCUCAUGGGCAUAUUAAAGGGACAUUCCAGUCACCAUAAUAACUUCAUUUAAAUGCAGAUAAUAUGGUACCUGGAGGCCCCCGGGCACACUCUUUCAUUCAGGGGUUAAACUGUUCCUGAAUGGUUAAACCCCAACGUUUGCCUCCAGUGGAGUUCUGCAGGUACCCCAGGUGGCAUUUGGUUUAUGCAUUUCAGUUACAGAAAGUGUGGCGUGCUGCUGGGGCGCCACUGAUUGGCUUAGAGCAGUCAGCGAUCAUAUAGAUGAAGUUAUGGUGACCCGAGUGUUCCUUUAAGGAUGAGAGAUGUCUGCUUACAAGUUAAAAGGACAUUCUGCAGGAAUGGAAAUGUUUACAUUACAGGGUUAAAAUGUCACUCUGACAACAAUUAUUGUUACUUCAGCCAAAAUAGCUGAGUGAAACUCAGCUAUUUAAAUCAGAUGUUCUCACAGAGACCAUUUGAUUGGCUCAGCGUGUAAUUUUGGCGCACAUGCGCAGCAGCCUCCCAAUGCUUUCCUAUGGGAAAGCAUUGGAUUGGCUGGGAUCACCUACAAUGAUGAUCUCAGCUAAAGAGGCAUCGCUUCCCCACAAAGACUGGGGGACACGGCGAGGGCUCAAACAUAAGUGAAACUCACCCCUUCAACCCUCACACGGUGGAGGAAGACACUAGUAUAAAUACAUUAAAAAAAAAGAAUUAGAGAUGCAUGCUUAUAUUCCCAACGCUAUAGCGUUAAUUAAUGCCAAAAAUAAAUCUGCGGCAAUAAGACCUUAUGCUGUAUAAAUGGACCGCUAAAUAUAUACAGUCCUGUCUGGCUUUUUAGUUAUGAACUGGGCCUUGUGGGUGGGAUCAGUCUGUAAUGGUAAAAUUGUGAAUUUUUUUGGAAACCUAACAGAACCAAAGGGCAAACUAAGUGUUAAUUUCUUUUAACGAUUGCUGAAUAUCUGAUUUCUCAAGUUGGAAUGCAUUUUGUAUCCGUUUAUGAAUUUCCAUUUAGGCAUCUGGGAGAGUCAUCGCCUUCGAAGUGCGAUUAGAAUUAUAAUUGUACGUCCUUAUCUCAGGAGAUCGCUCCCAAAAGAAGCGUGAAUGGCAUUUGUUCGUCAUAGACUCAUACUUUGCGUCUGGCCGUGCCACUCUUGGGAAUUCACUAAACAGCUUACAGAUGGAGCUUGUUACAGCAUAGCAGGGAAGGGGAUCUGCUUUAGGGAUUGGAUACGGAAACCUGAGCUUUGGUUUUUUAAUUUUGCAAACAGCCAGCAAGCUAUGUUCAGGAAAUGAUGGCGCUUAUAUCACAGUGAACCAGAUAUUGAUCGUAUACGUUACAUGCACAUGUCAUAAAACCGAAGGUAAAUAAGCGUCUGCUAAGAAAGUAGAACUUGUCCACGGAUCUGAAAUUGAAUGAAGCCUAUUUUUUUGGCCGAUGGGGUGUUAGGAACUGUUUCGAUAGGGAUUGAGAAUCUGUGCGGUUUUCUUCAUUUACUGCUUGAAUAAACCCUGCCAUUUAAAAACCCCUUUUCUAGUCAUUGCAAACACAGUGUGGGAAUAUUGCAACCUAUACCCCAGACGAACCUCGCAGUCUCUAGAAUGGGAACGUGUAUUUGCUUUUAGAACAUAAUUAACUCUUAAUGUGUUGCACCCCUGUUACAAAAAAUAAAGAACAUCUCAAACACUCCAGUAUCUUUUUUGUAUUCAAAUGAGUGAAUUAGAUUCUUUUAAGAUUGUGCCAAGACGCCUAGAAACUAUCUUUCAAUAAGAAUUCGUUUUUUUUACUAAAGCAGGGAAUUGUGGGAAAUUGACAGGAAAUUGCAUAUAUUAGGGCAAAAUUGCUAAACAUAAUGUAUUCCAUUUGUAGUACUAUUCCAGCCUAAAUUGUGCUAUUAAAAUAUUGAGACUGUAGGACUAAUUUACAAAAGAAAAUUAAAAAAAAUAAAAGCCAAAAACAGAGUUGCAUAAUUCAGGGUACAAUAGCCAAGCAGUGAUUAUAGUGGAGUUGUAAAUUAUGUCCAGAUCGGCGGCUUUAGGCUAAAUUUUGCAGUUUGGUUUUCUAAUUUACUGCAGUUCACUGUUUAGCGAAUACGUGCCAAAAUCAGUUAAUCUCGGAUUUUCAGAGUAUUAAAUGUUACUUGUACAUAUGUAGGUAGAUCUUAUUUAAAUGGUGUUAUGUGGAUAAAAAGAAACUGGUCAACUGCCGGCUAAAAUCUGUGCAUUUCAUUGUAAUGUCCGAGAAUGCACAAUCCGGCUUUAGUUUACUUUAUAAGCGCGUGUUUGAGUUUUCAGCUCUACUACAGAGCUCUCAUUGUUCCACAGCCGGAUUGUGAGGGUGGAUGCAGGUUUAAUCUAGACCUUUCACCUCCCCGUUUGUUCUUGAACUUGAACCAAGGCCCCUGAGCCUUCUUGUUUGCAGAACAAGGCAAGACCACGAGACAUAUUGCGUUACAUAAAUUCCACCUGUGACAUGUUGAACGGUUUCGUGAAAUUGAUUUUUAUUGAUUUGUUAAUGUUAACUUCAUAUUAAAGCUGCUCUGUCACUUAUUAGUAUUUCAUAGAGAUAUAGUCUUUAUUAAAUAUUAAUGGUGACUGCGUUGGAAUUUGAAUGAAGUCCAUAGACCACAGUAUUGUAAUCUUGUGCAUGCAUGAGAGUAUAGCAGUGACGUGGCUCCUGGGAGAUGAAGCACCAGGAGAUGAAGAAGGUCACCUGGAUUGAGAUGGCGCCGGCCACAAAGGACAACUUCAGGUAAAACCUACCUUUGACUGCUCGCAACAGCUACCAGACUCUUUGGAAGUCUUUGCAGAAUAUGCAAUAACUCCUGAAAGUGACAGAUCCACUAUAAGUAUAGAAUACGGAAAUAGCAAGUUUUGCUGGGAUGCUGGGAUACGUAAGCCCUAAAUGUUGCACAGUGAUAGACUAGAUUUCCCAACAUAUUUAACCAGACAUUCUGGCCAAUUAUGAUGAGUAAUGCACAGAAGAAGGGACAGGACAUGAUCCUGCCCAAGAAAUGUAUGAGAUAACCGUGAACAAAAACGCUGAAACAUUCUUAACCAAUAGCCGGGGUCUCUAACACAGGAAUUCCACUGUUUGGACUCCACUAGUCCUUAUUCAUAGACACAUCUACAGCCCAGUGCAAAUUACAAUAAUGUCCCCCUCCUCCCCAGAGUUUCUUAAUAACAUGAUUGCUUUCUGCUAAAUUAUCCAGAUAUUUAUAAUUGCUUGUCUUAGUGUUUCUUAUUUAGCAAUGUUAUCUUCUUGUGGUAUUUUGCCUCCAGGCAACCACUCAUACUGGGUAGUAUAUAGUUGUAGUUUGCCAUUUUCCAUUCAGGGAUGGCUGCCAUUUUGUCUUUUCUCAGACUACGGGGUCCUUUGUCUCUCUUUGAAAAAGGCCCUGAGGCUGAUAUUGUUUUCCGUUGGUGGAGUUAACAGGAUGUGCCUCUGAUGGAGGAAGAAUCCACACCCCAGGAGUACAAAUUUUCCUUUUAGGCUUAUUUUUAGCCUGUGACAAAAACCAGUUGACAACAAUGGAUUCUGCAUAAUCUGAUGAGGCCUUUGACCUUAGUUUAUUUUGGGAGCCAUUCUACUUCUGGAAUUUAUAGAACCUACAUAAACUUUGCAUUCUGUUUGGAAAUCAAUAGAUAAAUGUUGGUUCACAGGGUUCUUGAAUUAUAGAAAUUUGUGCACAAUGUAUUCUAAUUUCUUUAAAACAUGAAAUUGUUGUGAAUAUUGCACAAUUUAAGCCGGAAAAAAAAAAAUCAACUCCACUAUAAUCAAAGCUUGGAUAGCUUAAGGUUUUCAACUAAAGAGGGAAAGCAGAACAGAACCCCAAAAUCGGGGCUCUCCCGCCAAAACUGUUGGGAACCGUAGUAAUGUGCCUCUUUCAAAGUAUUUUGGGCAGAUCCCUCUGCGCCUACUGUUCCUGUGUGUCGUACAUGUUUUGUUAGAGAUACAGGUUUGUCUUGUUUCCUAUUGUACAACUCUGGUGAAUAUGUUGGCUCUAUAUAAUAAUUCAGCUACCAUGACGCUUGAAAAAAAUUCUCAAGGUGACAUAGUGAUUAAUGAGCACGUGGGCCGUUGCAUUGAAGUUUGCAUAGAGACGUGACGAGACGUUUUUUUCAGAACUUAUCUGCUCUGGCGAUAGUUUCUGCACACACUUAGACCGUGCUUUGUUGGUUGCAUUAGGAAUACAAACGGUUUAUUCUCUGCAAAUUCAACUUUUCCAUUACAAGUAAUUUGUUAAUCUCAUGUUAAAUGCUUGGGGAUUUAAUCACUAUACAUUGGGUUCUAGUGAGCUGGCAAAUUAACUACAAAAUUUAGGCUAAAGUUGCAGAAUUGGAGAUUUUACCAGUUCUUCUUUAUUUUUGGCCCCAACUUAUCAUAAUUUUGUGUUUACUGAUUUAACCCCUUGGAGUGCCAGCCUGGUACCCAAGUGAAGUUUAUGGGUUUCAUUAUUUAAGUAAACAAUACUUGGAUUACACGUGUCCUAUUUUUAAUGACUACCCUUGGAUAUAUAUUUGAAUCUAUAAAUAAAAUUGAAAGCUAAUUGCUUAAGAAGUUAGUAAUGGCAGAAAAAAAGUUACAAGUGUCGCAGCACCCUUAGUGCGGUGAAAUAAUGUUGAAUAUUUGCCAACUUAGUUUGUCCUGUUUCCAUUGAGGCCUAACUUAUGGAUUUGCAAACCGCAAAUCAUUGUUGCCAUCUGUGUAUAUUGUGACAUGAGAUAUGACAGGCUCAAUUAAAGGGACCCUCCAAGUACCGUAACUACUGCAGUGGGGUGUAGUGGUUAUGGUGCUUAGCAGUUCCCUGGCACCUGCUCCAUUGCAAAAAUUAUCAAACUGUUUUAGAAACGGUUUGGCGUUUUACCUAGGGUCCCCUGGCCAGUGCUUCCGACAUCCACUACUUCCGACGAAGAGCUAGAAGUGGACAGUUCUAAAUUUUUUGACUAAUUACAUUGGAGGAGAGGGGUGGGGGGUGCAUUUAACAAGCUAUUGAAUAGAACAAGGAUAGGCAACAUUCCUGAUAUUUUGGACUACAUCUGCCCUAAUGCUUUGUCAGCAUUAUGUCCAGAAAAGCAUUAUGGGAGAUGUAGUGCACGUCUGGAGUGUCUAAAUUUCCUACCCCUGUUCUUGAAUAUCCAAACCUUUUGUUCAUUACAUUACUUUCUAUUUCUGUUUAAAUUGUAAUAAUGAAAAAUGUGUAUGUCGGAGAGUGGCACUCUCAUAUAAUAGUGACACUUCCAAAGGUCUGAUGCCUUUCAAAUGUCCCAGAAAUCAUGGUGCCAUCCAGAUUUGGGGUGCACAUCCCAUGUUAUUCUUUAGGUGUCCCACUUUUUUGAGACAUUUGUGGAAUCCAAUGAAAACUGACAAAAUGUGUGCAUGUGAUUGUGCAACUUACACAAUUUUACAGAUCUCUUAUGGUAUCUGGAGAAUCUUCUCAUGCAGACACACGUGAUGGUAGCCAUACUUGCGUGUGCUCAUUUGUAGUAAAUCCGAACUUAACUUCUUAGUACAGGGAUGGCUCCAAAAUAUAUUUACAGCCUUUUUUUUCUUGUUCAGAUAUGAUUUUCUUGUUGGCAUUUUAAGAGCAGGUUUAAACGUUUAUCUUGAUCAUUUUUAUCACUUUGUAUUUUUUUUUUUUACCAUGUCAUAUUCAUUUGCCCUACCCAAGCAGACCCACACAUUUUUCGCAUUGUUUUUCUGCUCAUUAGUCACCAACCUACUUAUUCUGCUGAGGAGGCUGUCAGGUCCAUAGCCCACGUUGGAAAAGGUAUUUGGCACCAAGGUCUGUGAUCCCAGCUCUGCAAAUACAUCACCUGCAAAUGUCUUCUUGUUAAAUCACUUGUAAAAAUCUAUUAUGCGAUCAAAAGAUAUCACACCCAAGGUCAGAUACAGGUUACUUAUUAAAGAACGAUCCGUUGUGAACUCUUUACAUGCCACAAAAAGGUCUCCGAUGCGUUUCGCAAUAACUAUAUCACCAACCUAGUCUAAAGUUAUAUAAAUAAAACGACACAAACUAUAACGAGGUAGCACGCACAUUCUAAUUUGCUUGGGUAGAAAUUCCAAUGAAUAUAUUAAGAUAUGGUCAAACAUGAUAAAUAAUUAUCACUUACUUACAUGUCCCUUUGGCACAGACGUGCAUACCCCUAUGUGGGCCUGAAGGAUAUGCAACAUGUGGCUUGUCAAAAUUCUCUUUAACAGUUACUGAGCAGCUGAUCAACUCAGGUAGAAGUGAUGAAAAAAAAUUAAAAGGAUUUAACACUUAACUAAUCCAAGCAGGCCAUUUGGGGUUCCGAUGCUCUUUGACUAAGGGAAUUAAUGUUUUUUCACAGGAGACGAAGUCCGAGUAUUAGUGGGCACCACUUUUAAUGUGUUUUCUUUCAGAGAGUAAAUAAAAAGAUGUAUCACCAGAAAUUUACAGAGAAUCUCUGUAUCCUCACUAACGAGCAGGAGACUAUGUUCCUGUGGGAUUGUAGCCAGUGUCAUAGAACCACGUGGCCACGUAUCGUAGCACCUGGGUCAAUCUGCCCUCUGAAUUCCUGUUUAUAUACUCCUCAUCAGAAAGCAAUCCCGUUCCCUGCUAAUGUUAUUAAACCUUUUAAGUGGAUCCAUAUGUUGUAACGAGGUUUGGGCCAGUCUUUAGGAAUUGCAGAUUCAACACCCACAUAAAUAACCACAAUUUCCUGGUGGUUUUGCAAUUGCAGAGUAAACACAAAAUGUAUUUCGUUGUUUUUUUGUCUGUGUGUGUAUUUAGUACAGAUCGGACGCUGAAUGACUAUAGUUAUUUGUGUUUAGACUGGAUGUUUCCUAUAAGCUAAUGGGGAUAUAGAAUACAUUUUGUUGCUGGACAUUUAUCAAAUAUUACAAAAACGUAACUGGAUAAGUUUAAGUCACUUAAACUGCAUUGUUUGUUUAUUCUAGAGUCUCUACACUGUAAAUAUAAUUAAAUACUUAGCAAACGUAUAUUACAAAGACAAAACUCUUUUUUGUAGAAAUCUAUUGUAGUUUUAAAUGAACACUCCGGUUAAUCUCCCUGUUUUAUUUAUUGCAUUGUGAUAAAGAGAUUCUUAUCUUUGUUCCCUACAAACUGGCAGGGACUAGGCUAUACUAAGAUUAUUUCAGCCUAUCCUAGUAAUCCAGUUGUUUGCAAUAGAAGAGAUGUGUGCAUUUCAUAAAUACAGCUUCUCUUGGACCGACUAGUAGUUUCAUUCACAUUUUUGCAUGAAUUGAGCAUUUCGUAGCUAGAAUAAACAGAUUGAAGUGAAACAGUGACAAUCUGUACUGUAAUGCCGUAAUCUGUUCGAGGAAAUGGAUGGUUAUGGUGCCUGGAGUUCUCUUUAAAUUUAAUAUUGUAUCCUUAAAGUUUAAAGUUUAACGUCAUUGUGUCUUGACAGUGCUAUUACAGAUUCUUAAACAGUAAAUAUAUAAUUUACCAUAACGAUAGAUUAUAUAUUAAGCCGUUGUGGAUUUACUCACCCCGUGUCCAGUGGUGCCAUGCCUGGACGUCUGUGAGUUUUUCACCGUUUGAUACUCUGGUUCCUCUUUUCCCUUACCCUCUUGGAUUCUCUCGCCCUAGCUUGGGAAGAUAUCUCCUAGCAUGGCAAUCUGCUCCCUUGAUGCUAGAUUCAUUGCCAGUGCAUCAGUGUCAGAAUAGAGUGACGUCUAACACUCUGCUCCUCAUUCCCGUACCAAGACAUGCCUAAUGGGGGACUAUCUGUGAUGGAAAGCAUGAGGGUUCUCCAGCUCCCCCCUUUUACUCAGUCUUCAGCAUAGAUGUAUAUGCAGACUUCUAUGAUGAGAAUCGACUGACAGAGGGGGCAUGUUUUAAUAGAAUUAUCUCAAAAUCUGUACAUUUGCUGGCAUUAAAGGUACAGUUAAAAUAUUGAAACAGUGUUCCUAAAAUAUGUACUGCUGGUAGUUACGUCUCUUUGAUAUAGAGCUCUUUGACUGGCUCAUACAAAUAUAUGGUUGGUAUCUCUAUAUAUUUAUCUAACCCAUCUGGCUAAGCAUAUGUCAACCCCUAAUUUUAUAUGCAAUGUAUAAUAUCAGGAUAUCUGUGGAAACAUUGUACAGAUACCUGUCUGAUCUAGUUGUACAAAUAAUCCAUGCUUACACAUCUCCGAAAUGUCCCUAUUUUUGGCCGAAAUUCAUCUGUCCCUCCUUUCUCUCCUAAUGUUCCUCUUUUGUAGGAGCUCCAUAUUGUUGGUGUGCAAAAAUACUCUCAGUAAUGUGUCUUUAAAGUACAGUAAACGUGUUUAGAAAUUAGUCUCUGUAAAUAAGAUACAUCAUUAUUGUUCUAAAUAACAUUUUAGAUGUAUAAAUUGUUAUUACUAAGUCACUUAAAAAGAUUUUGAACAGACCCGCCCCUGGUUUCACCCCACUCACACCCAUAAAAUAAAAGUGUUGCUCUUUAUCCAUUUGAAAUUUUGGAAGGUAUGUUAAUAUUUUAGACAGCUCUGGUAGCUAUAGUUAUUGACAUACAUAUAAAACACUGCCUACGUCUAUCAAAAACAAAUGUAGAGGUUGAGAGAGAGAGUAGGAAACUAUAAACUAGUGUAAUAUAUAGUAGUUUUAUUACCGAGUAAUGUGUAGUGGUUUUAUAACUGCUAUAAAAAUAGUUAUCUUGUGAUAACAAAUAUUAACUACACAAGAAACUGAAUGUUAAGGUUACAUCUUAUUCCUGUUUGUUCUUACCUUACGUGUCCCUGUCUUGUCAGGUUUGUGCAUUGUAUCUGUGCCUAUUACAGGUGCUGUCCUGGUUAAAUGGGCACAUUCGAUCUCUUACACAGUACAUGUGGUGGACUCGUUAGGGCAUGGGCCAGGGAGAGCACCAGGGCAAGUUUCCCCACCCUUCCCCCGAGAUGCCAGACAGGUACCCACAUCAGGUUACUCAACGUGGGUACAUGUAUUUUUUUUAUUUAGGUACUUGCAAGGUGGUGCAGUAUCCUUUUGUGCGUGUGUGUACACAAUACCCUACACUACAAUAUUAAACGUCCAGUUCCCCUCCUCAGAUUGGGUUCUGGAUCUGCCUCUGUGUCAGGCUGUGAUAUUAGAUAUGUGCCCCCUUACAUGUACCAGUCUAGUCAAGCUGACACAUUAGGCUUGGCCCUUUACAUGCACCAGCCUUAUUAUAUUAUUAUACAAUAUCAACCACUAGAGCGAUCAUAUUCAAGUUAUUAAGAUCUCAAGUUCUUCUGGAGAACUCUGACAUUUUAUACAAGAUGACACCGUCACUUCUUUUAUUCAGGGCUGUUUGAUUAUUAGUAUAAUUAGGUUAAGCUGUCCUCACAUCCUUUCAAUGUCAGUCUAAAAUUCAGCUCAUGGAUUGAAGAGUCCCGGCUUUCUACUCAUUUCUGAGUGUUUGGCUUUACUAUUACAAGAGGCACGGUUUAGAAUCCGUGGCUGCUGGCUCACAGUUCCACAAUUACCUGGACACCAACCAGAGACCACCUUGAUCAUUUUAGCUGUUUGUGUUUCUGACAUGCCACUCAAAGACAUGAGAUCACCCAACAUUAUUUUAUACAUUAAAAUUAUAUUGAUGAGGCUACCAGUAGACCUCAUCCAUUGGUUGGGGGUACCAUGAUCAAUCACAUAAUUUGUUUCCUUGCAGUAAACGCACAAAUCUUUAGCAGGGGGCAUAUUACUUUUAAUGUUGGAAAGGGAAUAAUAUAUAUACACAGUUAUAGAAUUGUUCAUUACAACCUCCGUUUGACCAAAACCAGGUAGCAAUUGGCUGCUGUUGGUAACCAAUAGAAUAUCAAGUAAAAAUACUACAGGUCAUUCACUUGUGUAAACAUUCCGUGAUGACAUGUGCAUGUGCAAAGCAAGCAGAGGCAGUGGAAUCUGGUCAGGGCUGAAAUGUUUGGCCCUUUUUAAAAAAAAUUUUUAACAACGAUAACCAGACAAAUGUCAUUGUUUUAUGAGCCAUCUGUCUGAAGGAUUAGUGUUUUGCCUACUGUAUGGAGAAAUAUGUUUGAGUUUAGUAAACAUAUUUUGUUUUUUCGACUUUUUAUGUGCGCCCAUUAAUCUGUCGAGAUAAGUCAGAUAUUUUAUUUAUUUAUUUUUCCCCUGACCACUAAUUCACUAGUUAAACGAGACAAUAAAAAAAAAAAAAAAAAAAUCUUGUUUAUUAAGCCUCAUGGAAUUUUUGAAGAAAAAUAGUCAUUCCGCCUGAUGCUUUAUGCUACAACCAGAAAGCGCAGGAAAUGAUGUCACAGGUGUAAACUCGCUACUGUUUAUGCCCAAAGGUUCCCCAUAGGCAUUAAUAUUAGUUGUUUAUGUACCCCAUCACCAAAGGCUUACUUUAAUUCCCUUCAAGAAAAUAAAAUCACAUAUGGCUUAACUGCCCAAGUGUGGCAUUUCUCCUAUUUCUUUCAAGGCACGAUUGGCAUACCUCCCAAGUCUCCUUAUUUAGGAGGGACAGUCCUUAUACUGGGACCAAAUCUCUCCGUCCCCCUAUUCUAUCCUAAUGUCCCUCUUUUGUAGGAGCGCCAUAUUGUUGGUGUGUCUGUGUGUAUAACAGAGCUCCACAGCAAUAUUACUCCUAGUAAUGUGACUAAACUACAAUAAAUGUGUUUAGAAAUCAGUCUAUUUAAAUAAUGUGAAAAAGGAUAAAUCAUGACUGAGUUAACAAAUAAAACAAAACAAAAAGGGCUUCUAACAAAGUGUAAAUAAGUGGGUGCUUUUUUGAAGAUAAGACACAUUGUUCUUGUUCUAAAUGACAUUUUAGUUGUAUAAAUUAUUAGGAAGUCGUCUAAAAAUUUUCAGAACACCCCUGCCCCUGGUCAGACCCCUAAUAUUAAAGUGUCCCUCUUUGUCCAUUUGAAAUGCUGGGAGGAAUGAAUUGGAGAAUCUCCCCGGGAGUAUCUCAAGUGAAGGAAACUAUAAGAUAAGAAGCAAGCAAUGUUAAAACAAUUCCCAUGCUUAAACUAUACAUCUGUUUGCAAGAUUAUGAAAAUGUGAAAUUUAUUUUUCUUCCUUUCCAGCAAUAAAAGUGUCACCGAAUUAAAAAAUAGGCACUAGAGCUGCGUUCCCACAGGAUGUCAGAAUGACAUCUUUUACCAAUAUCAAUUUGGAUGUAAUUUAGAAUUUCUUUAUAUUUGUGAAAUAGCACAGUUGUGGAAGCAGUUUGUGCUUGGCUGCCUCAUUUUGUUGAGUAAUUGAACAACUGCAAUCCAUUGCCUAAUUUACCAAUUACCUAUGAGUAACACUCACCGGUGCGAAACGCGUAAGACAGUUUGUGCUAAAUUUAGGACUGACAAGGCAUUGUGGGAAUGUAAAAUUUUAAAGCAGCCGAGGGCGUCCUUUUCGGCUAUCUCUGCGCUUUUAGGAAAAGGAUAUACGUGUACUCAGGAGGUAGCAAAACUCAUUUUAAUUCUUAAAAAUAAAAUAUAAGAUUUGUAGUACCUAUAACCACAGACUUUUAACUUUCAAGGAGAGUUGGCCAAUGUUUACUAGAUAUGGAAUUUGCGCAUCAGUACAGAUGGAAUUCAAUGGUUUCGAACAGAAUCCUUAAAUGUUGGAUUUGGAUGUAGUUAAAUUAUUAGUUCCUCCUGUAUGUCCGCAAACCACCGCUAUCAGCUGAUUCUAAAACAUUCCUGGGCCGGGUGCUGAAGGCUGAUAAGAGGGGUGAGGCUCAUUUGGCUUCAGGCUCACUUAACUCAUCUGUGUGAGGAAAAACAAGUUCAUAAAAAAAAAAAAAGCAAACCUUUGUAACAGAAAUGUUCUGAUAUGUGGACAGAGGAGAUUCAGCUGCCAUUACUUCAUUUCUUGAUAACUGACACCUAAAAUUUACAUAGAUAAUGCUUUCUUAAUGUGUCCCUUUAAAAUAAUUAAAAGGGAAAUAGGAUCUGCAAGACUUAGGGGUAAUUAGUUUAAAGGGACACUAUAGUUACCACAACAACUACAGCUUAAUGUAGUUUUUUUUUUUUUUCUGGUGAGUUUAAUCAUUCCCUGCAGGCAUUUUCUGAGAAAAGGCAGUGUUUACAAUGCAUCCUAGGGACACCUUCAGUAGCCACUCCUCAGAUGUCUACUAGAGUUGCUUCCUGGGGCAGUGCUGCACAGUGUGCAGCACUGCCAUUCAGCUUCUCCACGCUCUGCAUGGAGACGCUGAACUUUCCUCAUAGAGAUGCUGAUUGGCCAAGCCGGCAUUUGGCCCCAACCCUGUCCUGCUUCUUUGCUGAAUUCACUCAAUCUAAUGCGUUCCCUAUAAGAAAGGAUUAGAUUGGCUGAAAUCAUAAAUUCUGAUGGUGUCAGCAAGGAGGUGGAUAGGGGUAGGGCCAGAGCCGGCAGACCCGCGUGGCGCUGGAAAUAAGGUAAGUUUUAUUACCUUUUAAAGAAUAAGGUAGGGCAAGACACCUAAAUGGUGGUUUUAACACUAUAGGACCAGGAAUACAGGUUUGUGUUCCUGACCCUCCAGUGUUCCUUUAACUAAAGAACAUGUAUGAAGUAAUUUUUGACACCAGAUAUUUAGACUUCCGUUAUUACAAUGGCCCGAACUCUGUGAUUAAAAAAAAAAAAACAGAGUAAGAUUAUUGACAGCAGCCAUUUUGAAUUCCAACAGUCUGCCAUUGAUUUUAGUGGAUUCACUUUAAAAAUGUUAACAUUGAAAUGUCAACCUUUAAGGAGCCAAACUCAUGAUAUCAAUGCUAUAAUAGUAGCUCCACUUUCAAAAUACCACUGCGCCCAUUAUAUCUCUGUUUAUAUUGAAAUAUGCCCCGUAAUAUAAUCCUGUGUUAAUACAGCAGGAUUAACAGGGUUUAGGAUCUUGGAAAUUAGCAUUGCUAGUGGCCAUACAAGAUGGCUGCACCGUGCAACAGCAGCUUGAAGGUUGGCAAGAUAAGGAAAAACAAGCCAUUUUCAGCUACCAUUUUAGCACUGCUGCUGCGGCAGACUACAUUUCCCAUGAUGAACUGCAACAACUGCAGUUCCCAACACAGCUGCAUUGCCGAAAGGGCACUUAUCUCUGUCCGAGAGUGAGACGUGUUCAAAAUAAAAUGACGGCAUUUUGAAAGAGUUGCCAGGCACCGGUUGUUGAAGUUUGGGGAGAAUUUUCUGUCCUUUAAUAUACAAGAAAUGGCCCCUAUCAAGUUGAAUAGGAAGUCUUUUUCUGUAAUGAUCCAUGACUUUAAGUUCGGAAAAGAUCCAUCAGCGGAAUCUUCUCGUAUUGCGAUUUUCCAGAUGAUCGCACGCGUUCGAACAUUGUGCUUAUUGUUAUAGUGUUGCAAGUUCUUACUGGGAUGAAUGGUUUUAAGGAUGGAAGGAAUCCUGCUUCCCAGGCUGCGAAGAUACAUUUAGAACUCUACAGUCCCAUCUUAUUUCUCCGGACAACAAGUUUAUUGUCGGUGUUUUCCUAUUUAUAGUGUGUGGCUUUAACUCUCACUGAGGAUGUUUAUAAAGAAUUUGGUAUUUAGUUAUUAUGGAUGUUUCAAGCUUUGCAGGACUGGAGCCUGACAUCAGGUCAAAAGUGACAAUUAUAGAUUGUUCAAUACAUGUAGUUUAUACAUUCGAUAUUAUCUUUUACUUGUUUGUUUGUUUUGUUUAGGUAUUGUGUGUUUAUGCUUUCUAUCCCAACCUUGAUGGAUCUCUAAUGACCAUUAUCAUAAACCAGGGAGUUUAAAAUAUUAAAGGGCUACACCAAACACUGGUUUUGGUUAGAGUAACCUUUCUGAAGUGGUCUGCUUCACCCGUUCCCACUUAAAAAAUAUAACUAAAAGAAAUGCUAAAACAUACCUCUGUUCCAAUGCAGAGGCCAAGUUCUCCCCUCAGCCCGAACCUCCUUGGCUAGGGGAGAAGGUCAGGAAAGACAGACUAAGAUGAGUACAUUGGCCGUAGGGAAGGUGGGCAUACUUCCAUUGGCUGGCUGUUUGGCACCAGAAUAGUAGCCUAGCUUUGCUUGCAGUUUUCCAAUUAUGUUCUCAAAUCACUGUUUAGCAGAUACACACCCUAACUUUGAUUGUACUAAUUACGCAACAUAUGUAGCGGCACAGAAUAUGUUAGCACAAUAAGAAUAAAACAAACUUAAAGAGGUAUAUGCUUAUCAACUAUCAGUAUACCAAUUUGGAGUUUUUCCCUAUAAAACAAAGCUGCUACAACACUAAAUGUGCAAUUCUCCCCAAACCACACAAUAAGAAUAAAGACUGUGGUUGAAAUAAUUUCUUUAAGGGAGAAUGUCGAAAGUGAUGGAUUCAGUGAAAUGUGUGUGAAUCUGUAAACAAACAGAUCUGGUUGCAUUGUGUGACGUAAAAUUACAUAGAAACCAGACAGACAGAAUUUACUCUUUGAUAAUCUGGAUUUGCAAUUGUAUCUUGAGGAUUAGCUUGCUGGCCCUCUGCUGUGAGCUGGAAAUUAAGAAAUCAGCACAACAGACAACAAGAGGUUUAUUUGUUAAGCAAUUCACUGGAAACAAACUUUGAAAACUUUAGACAGCAAUAUCCAAGUUGGUAAAAGUGCAAAUCAUUUACAUUCACAUCUACAUGCCACCCAACAGUCCCCAUCUUGUCAAGAUAGUCCCAAUUUAAGGGUCCUACCUUGCUGUCCCACUGUUGUUCCUUGGUAUUAUUAAUCUGGUGACAGCAGGGAACGGUCUCUCGGCAACACAGCAAGAAAGCAUGUUUAGAAGUGAUCGCUGUGUGAACGGGCACUGGGAUCAUGCAGAGAGCACUUCUGCAGCACUCUCUGCGUAUUCCUGUAUGUUGGGGGAAGGCUCCCACCUCCUUUGGCACAGCACUGUCAAUUAUAUUCAAAAUAAUAUCGUUAUUAAAGGACCACUAUAGUGCCAGGAAAACAUACUCGUUUUCCUGGCACUAUAGUGCCCUGAGAGUGCCCCCACCCUCAGGGCCCCCCUCCCGACCGGCUCUGGGGAGAGGAAGGGGUUAAAACUUACCUUUUUUUCCAGCUCCGGGCGGGGAGCUCUCCUCCUCCUCUCUGCCUGCUCUCCUCCCUUUCGGCUGAAUGCGCACGUGCGGCAAGAGCUGCGCGCGCAUUCAGCCGGUCUCAUAGGAAAGCAUUUACAAUGCUUUCCUAUGGACGCUUGCGUCUUCUCACUGUGAUUUUCACAGUGAGAAUCACGCAAGCGCCUCUAGCGACUGUCAAUGAGACAGCCACUAGAGGAUUUAGAGGCUGGAUUAACCCAUUUAUAAACCUAGCAGUUUCUCUGAAACUGCUAGGUUUAUAAAAAAAAAAAGGGUUAAUCCUAGAGGGACCCGGCACCCAGACCACUUCAUUAAACUGAAGUGGUCUGGGUGCCUAGAGUGGUCCUUUAAGCAAUUACCCCCACAUGCAAAAUUGUUUUUUGGCUCAUAUUUGUUGUCAGGAUAAUCUUAAUGCCCAACACGCACUACUUAAAUAACUAAUAAACAAAUAUAACAUACUGUAAAACAUAUUACCAGACCUUAGAAUGGCCGGAUUUAACGUUAAUAUAGAAUAGUACAUGACAGGCCGAGCUCAGGGAAACAGAAUGUAACAACAACGGUAGACAAGCCAAAGGUCAAGGGAUACAGAAGUCAGAAUAGUCCGAUAACAAGCCAUGGUCAAAACACACAGGAUUCAUUCAAAUAAAUGCACUCUUGGAUAACCAAAGUGGAAACCAGGACACACUGAGAAAAUAUCAUAAAAUGUUUAAAUACCUGGAAGAAUGUCUCUGAUUGGCCAAUAAAGGUCAUGCGAUGUCGGAACAUUGCAUGCAUGUUCCCGGGCGUAAGAAACACGAGGGACGUAGGGAGCCUUAAAAUACUCUGGCACGCAGAGACCACCGUCUAUAGUACUUUCAGACCUGAAUGCAGUCAGUGAGAGGGGGACAGGAUGUGCGCUGUGACACUUCUAACACACUUUGCCCAAAAUCUAUCAUGUUGCAAAGUAUGUCGUAACUUUUAUGCUAUUCUCUAGUAGUGAGCCCUGUGUUUUAGAAAGCAGGCAGUGUGAGACCUAGAACAAAAUAAACUUACACGUUUUAAAUCACUGCUGGAUUUUGGAUGGUUGCUCACCUGGUCUUCUCAGCUACUCACAAUAGGUAGAAAGGAAAAUUGUAGUCACUGACCAGAAAUGAAUAGCUGAUGGUAACUUAAUGGCAACUCCACUGAUUUCUAACUAAAGUAUCAUAGGACCAAUUCAACAAUAUAUAUUUAAAAUCUCCUGAUCAUGUUUAAAAUCUAUAUGUCUGUAAAAUAACUACAGCCCGCAACCCCUUUUUGUUCUUUUAUUCCCCCUCUUUUUUGUAUAAUUAUUUUCCUCUUUAGAUCUUUAUCAAAUGGUGUUCGUUUCAAAAUGCAGUUUCCUGUGCUACAUAUGCAUCGAUCUUGUCUAAAAAUAAAAUUAAAAUAAAAAAAAAGUAAAAAAAUAAAAAAUUAUUUCAACUAUACACUUAGUUCUUAGAAGCCACAAACAAUUCAACUUUACAAAUAGAGUUAAAUGACAAACUAGAUGACGGAUCAACACAAUCGCCUUCCCUCCUCCUUUGUGUGGUUUAGCUAUUUUGUAGACUGCAGAGAUAAAGAAAAAAAAAAUGUAGAUAUACCUAAAAUAGCUUGCUUUUGAAAGUCCAAUUUAUAGACUUGAUAGCUUAGGGGUUAAAAUAUUAAUUAUUAGAAAAAACAAACCAUGUUUUGUACAUUUAAUUGUUGUGCAAGAUGGAGUGAAUUAAUUUUGUACUGUUAAAAAAAAAAAGAAAAAAAGGACUUUUUGGCGUAUUUACUCAUAACCUUCUUAAAUUUCUUUGUGAGCGACACAUGUGCUGUUCCUUAUUUAAAAGAUUUCCAGAGAUCAGUAGCUUGGAAGAGACUGUGGGUCCCUCAAUAGGGUGUUUUCACAAUAGGUUCUGGAAUUCUAUUGUCUACAGGAAAGCUGAUAAGAUGUCUUUCUUAGAAGAAUAAGAGAUAAGAACUCCGAACACAGGCAAACUGCACACAGUAAACUAAGAUUACUUAUAGCUACUUAAUGUGUUUUGGCGUCUUGAUUGCGCAGUUAACGGACUAAUAUAGGAGUCGGAAUGGGUGCAUACCAUUGAUUCCAUGUGUAUCACAGGUGAAGGGUGGCAGUUUCACUGCAUUGAUUAGAAACUCUCUGAUAAUUUGACAGUCGAAAAGCAGGCCCUUACAUUGACUUUUGUAAUUAGGCCUAUUUAAAGUGGAACUGUCACAGCUCAGGAUUUUUGAUAUUUUGUUUACUUAACCUAUCUGAAUGGUGGUUUUAACACUAUAGGGUCAGGAAUACACAUUUGUGUUCCUGACCCUAUAGUAUUCUUUUAAUAUAAAUUUAAAAGAGAAUGGAACACCACAUGAAAAAGUUUGCACAAGUUCUAGCUCAUUUGCAACGGUUUUUUGAAUCGUGUAAACUCUAGAACAGUUACAGUUCCCUUUAAAAAGUAUCUGGGUGAUGCCUUCUUGACGUGAAUGGCUUGUUGGCAUUUCUCUGAGAGGUCACUUCAGAACCAAUGAUGUCCUUUAGACAGAGUCCUUCUGUUUUAACAGCUGAGUCCAGGCCUCUUAGGGAAUGAUUUACAAGAUACAUUAACUCUCUUGUUGAUUUUGGCUCCAUUACAGCAAAUCAGUCACACACAGGUACAUAUUCCCACCGCAAGAGGCACAGUUUAUUUACACAUACACCUGUUAAUUACACCAUACAGUUUAUACUCCUAGAUUUUAAUCCAUUUGAGCCAGGCCGUCUACACCUCUAAAUAUCCCCUUUCUAGAAUUGUAAAGCGGCGUGUAAUAUGUUGGCGCUGUAUAAAUGCCAGUUAAUUUUAUUUACCGGUGAUGGCUAAAGCUUCUAUUACUUAUCCGGCCAGCAGACACCGGUUAAGAUGGCGAACUAUUAUGAAAUGGUUUGACUACUUACAUGGAGAUGGGGGAAGCACUGCCUUAAAGACAGUGUGUUGAGUGGUUAUGGUGCCUGGAGUUUUCCUUUAAUUUUUAAUUCUUGAUUUUGCUAGGGAAGUAAUUACAUACACUAAAAUUAGAAACUCAGCCCCUAGAGCUUGCACUCUAGUUUACGUUAUUCCUUGCAGGGCUUGGUUUUAAAAUAUAAUAAUGAUCUGGGAGAUAGAUAAUGCUAACACCAGCUGCUAUUUUUUUUCUUUUUUCUUUCUGUUGUUGCAUAAUGCAACAAAGUAUGAUUUUUUUAAAAAAACAUUUUUUAAAUGUAUUUAUUUUUUAAAAUUUCUAUUUCAAAAGCGCAAACAUUUUCCACAAUUUUUGGAUAAGGUCACGCAGUUUACAGAUAUCUCAUUUGCAAGGUUAAAAGGAAAAAAAGGAAAGAUUGUGUGCAGGAGAAAUAUUUUCAUAGAGGAACAGUGUGUGUUUGGAGGAGGGACUCUCGGAGCCACAAGGUCACAAAUGUAAGGGAGGCUGAUGAAUUACUUUUAAUUCUAUGUGUUGCAAUUCAUGGUUUCUUUCUUAACCUCUUAACGGCUGGUAGGAAACACACACAAGCUGGCUGUGGGCGUAGUACUAUUGCGCAUUUGUAAAAUAGGCAGCCCCUUUAAAUUCAAACCAGGAAGUGAAUCCCACUGAUUUGCUUCACUUCCCAAUAAUUAUGCCAGGGCUUUGUAACCAUUCAUACACAUACAACAUAUUAUGUUUAGACACUUAGCUUAUAGUAGCACACUUAGAGGAGUUUCCACAAAAAUCUGGGUGAACGUGUUGGAUCUAAAACCAUUCUCAGAAGUAUGUGUGUACAUUAUUAGUAUUAUGUUAUAAUUUAUAUAGGGCCAACAAAUUCCGCAGCGCUUUACAAUGGGUGGACGAACAGACUUGUAGUUUGAACCAGAUAAGUUGGACACACAGGAACAGAGAGGUUGAGGGCCCUGCUCGAUGAGCUUACAUGCUAGAGGGAGUGGGGUAUAGUGACACAAAAGGUAAGGAUAGUAUUAGACUAAUUACAUCCCUGAAGGGUCUACAAUUUGGGUCAUUUCAGCAAUUUUACACACUGGAAUUAAUGCGAAUCAGCAUCUUGAUUUGGGCAGAACUAUGAUUCCAAAUUCAAUGUCAGCAGCCUUUUAGGGUACCAUAUAGUAAGAGUUAGCAAUGGCGAGUUAUUGCAUUCUAAAACAAUAGUACUUAAAUUUCCCACUGCUAUGUUAAUUCUCUACACUUCCCCUUUACUGGGACACAGAGUCCUAAUUAAAAAUAAAUAGUUUUUCUGGUUGCCAUAGGUAUUAUCCUAGAGGGACAUAAUCCAUAUAGGCUGGGACUGAUGGACCCUGGGCUUUAACCACAAAGGAAUUGGGAAAAGACACACUUUAGCCCCUUAAGGACCAAACUCCUGGAAUAAAAGGGAAUCAUGACAUUUCACAUGUGUCAUGUGUCCUUAAGGGGUUAAACUUGUAUAAACAUCCUUACAUUGAGUUUCUGGUUUUUAGACUGGUGAAGCAUUAGCUGGGUGGACAAUUAGCUCGGGAUAGGCACACAUAUCUGAAUGCUGGAGAUUCAUUAUUUUCACUUUGGCAAUUAUCCAAAUUAAACAAUCGUCUCACAUUAGGGAUUGACAGGUGUGUCUCCCCACAAUGAGACUCACUUUCCACUCUUCCUGGAAUCGAUGGAGUAUGUGGCACAGGUGAUUAGAGACACUUCAAGGACAAUGGCCUGUGUAUACGGAUAUAGAUUGAUACGUCCAAGAGUGCCCUCAGCAGCGAUCAAAUAAAGCAACAGAUGAUGUACAAUUGUAUUGCACAAACUAAUAUCACUUUAAUGUUUUUCUGAUUAAAUUAAACCCUGGGGCCAUUGUCCACAGAAAACAUUUACUCUGAUGUGUAGAAAAAUGGCUGAAAGUAAGGUGCUAGUUCACAUAUUUAAUUUGAUUAUGAUUUUUUUUUUCUUUUGUUAGAAUCUGGAAAUAAAUGCUAUUUACUAAUUUAUAAAAAAAAUUAAAAAAAAUCUUAUUUAAUUGAUACAUUAAAGGGACACUAUAGUCACCUGAACAACCUCAGCUUAAUGAGGUUGUUCAGGUGAGAACUAUAGCUCCCUGCAGCCUUUCUCAUGUAAACACAGUAUGUUCUGAGAAAAUACAGUGUUUACAUUGAAAGCUAGGAACACCUCCAGUUGCAGUCACUCAGAGUGAACCAGAGGGACUUCGGAGUUGAUGAAGGCAUAAUAUGCCUCCAUCCACUCAGAUCUGCUGUCAGCUGAGCACAGGGCAGCACUGUGCACAGCAUCCUUUGAUUCAGUAUCUCCUCCCUCUGCAUGCAGACACUGAACUUUCCUCAGAGAUUCAUUGAUUCAAUUCAUCUCUAUGAGGAGAUGCUAAUUGGCCAGGGCUGUGUUUGAAUCAUGCUGGCUCUGCUCCUGAUCUGCCUCCUUGUCAGUCUCAGCCAAUCCUAUAGGGAUUGGAUCAGGCUACCAAAUGUCAGCAGACUGCUUGUUUUUCUGAGUCUAACAGCAUGCAGAUUUACAGCUUCAGGCCUGAAUACAGUUUUACUAUAUUUAUGGAGGCAUGAGGUGUCCAGGGGAGCUAGAUGGUGGUGUUAACACUAUAGGGUCAGGAAUACAUGUUUGUGUUUUUGACCCUAUAGUGAUCAUUUUAAGUAAAAAAAUCUCUCUCCAUGCCUUAGAUCACUUUAAUGUUCUACUGAUUCGAAUUUGAAAAUUGUAUAUGGCCUAGUGACCUAUUGGUAACCAUGUACGUAACUGAGAACUUUUGAUAAUCAAUUAGGUAACUGAGAAUUGUAAGUUAGAACAAGUCCAGGGUAUUUUUAUUUACACAUGCUGAUUUGUAAACACAUGUAUUGUAGUUUAAAAGACCAAUUACUGUGAGAUUUACUACUUUGAAACUCAAGUACACUGCAAAGAGAGAGGAUAGAAAAUAGGGACUGUCUUGCUUUAAUAGGGACACUUGGGAGGUAUUGACUUGUAUGCAGCAAACUACUUUAAUCGGUGCAUAUAUCUGGGUUGCGCGAUGUUCAGUUGCCAAGCCAGAAUUCUAUAAUAAUAAAAAUUGUUAUAUUCUCAUUAAUAUCAAAAAUAGCACGGACAUUUUUUACAGAGCUUUAUGACUAUAGAUUUGGGGAUAUAUGACAACAUGUAAUUGACAUUUAAAAUAAUAUUGACAGAGACUAGGGUCGAAGAAGGCCCUGCUCUAACAAGCAUUCUAAUUUUUGAUUUGACAUAGUUCAUACACUUUCGCUGAACUUCGUCCAUUCCACGCGUUCUCACACCCCCUCGCCAUCCAGCACUCAGAAUGUGCAGUUUGCGCACCACACGCAUAGUCUGUGCCAAUGGGCUGUCUAGUUAUUCUGUAGGAGUAAAUCUUUGUGAAAUUCUUUUCCUUAUGGUUUCUGCAUUCCAGAAAAGGAUCAUAAAAUGCUAUGCAUUCUACUCCUCGCCCCCCCUUCCGACAUUUAUUUAAUGACUAAACUAUUGCUACUUUAAAAUGUGUGCUGUCCAAAGGGACUCAAAGAGAAUUUUCUACAUCUUGGGCUGUUAAUACUAGUGACAGGCUGGAACUAUGAAAUACAUUUACUAUGUUAACUCUUUGUGCUUACAGACGAUUAGCAAAGGAAAUAUCUGAUUGUCAUUAUGUGAAAAUAACAAAAUAUAGAUAUUCAAGUCUUUGCAGAAAGUAUCCAGCAAUGUAAUAUGAAAAAUAGAAACAUUUAUUGAAUAAGAUAUGAUACAAGAAACAUUGUAAAUAGGAUAAGGAUUCUGCAAAGUCCUUUGUUGGAAUCGCCAUCAGCUGCCUCGUUGUAUUUACCUGAAGCUCAUUGAUGGUCUGAAAUUUUUUCUCUUUCAAACGUUAUUUCAGUUUGGGAAAAGCCAGAAGUCACAGGGCGCCAAAUCUUUCAACAGAUUCUCGACUCUCUUUGAAGCGUUUUGUGCCACACUUUUAUUUACGCUGCACUCAUUGCAUCGUCCUCGAAAGCCUUCUAAACCAUACAAAUAGUUACCGCGGAGGAAUGUUCAAGAAUAACGCAAAAUUUGAUGCAGAUUUGUUACUCUAUUCGCUCAGUCAUUUUGAAUGCAACGGCCACACAGUACACAUGCUCACACGCGGUGUCUAGCGCACCCACUGACUAGUACAGCUAAGCCGCCAUUGUUCACGCAUGCGUAUUUUAGUUCACUCUCCUUGGCUGCCAGGUUACAUCGAAUUCGCGCGAACUGUUUUUGUUAUAUUAAACAUGGCUGGACUUUUUCCGUACAGACAACGUAUUGUAAACCACCAGCAGAUACCCUUAAAAGAGCACUAUACACAAACAUGUAUUCCUAAUGCUUUGGAGUUCUAGUGUCUAGUUAGAUCCUGCCUGCCCUAACUUAAAAUAUUUGAAAAGUUUUUCUUCAACACCGAGACUCACUCCGUGAAGGGCAGAUCUUCUCUGCUGACUCUUUUUGUGCUUCUCGUGUAAUCAAAUACUUCUCACAUUGAAGCAUUAAAGGACCACUAUAGUGCCAGGAAAACAAACUCGUUUUCCUGGCUCUAUUGGGUCCUUGGGUCCCCCUCACCCUCUGGGUCCCCCUUCCGCUGGGCUCUAGGGUGAGGAAGGGGUUAAAAUCUUACCUUUCUUCUUCUGACUCUUCUGCCUCAAUGCUUUCCUAUGGACGCUGGCGAGAUGGACAGUGAGAAGCUCGGAAGCGCCUCUAGCGGCUGUCAAUGAGACAGCCACUAGAGGCUGGAUUAACCCAUUUGUAAACAUAGCAGUUUCUCUGAAAUUGCUAUGUUUACAACAGAAAGGGUUAAUCCUAGAUGGACCUGGCACCCAGACCACUUCAUUAAGCUGAAGUGGUCUGGGUGCCUAUAGUGGUCCUUUAAAUCUGAUGCUUUCACAUGAGCAACAAUUAAAGAUGUUCAACGUCCACACACGUCUCAUCACUGAGUGAAACUCUGUUCUUACAGGGGAAGGGCCUCUAUUGAAAGACAGACACUGCAGAUGUGUUAACCCUGCAAUCAUAACAUUUGUUGGAUCUACUAAACAUCACUGUUUUACAUUGCAGGGUUAAAUCUACAGGCCCACUGCACCCAGACCACUUUAUUUAGAUUAAGUGGUCUGUGUGUCUUUAGUGGUUCCUUUUUAGUGGUAUUCGCCCCAACAGAACUACAGGUUAUCAAUUAACCAUAACUCAAAAUGUGCAAGGUUUCAAGCAAAAGCACUGCACAUACAUACUCCUACCACCAUCACCACUUCAAAUCACUGAAGUGUUCAUGGUGGUUGGAGUAACCCUUUAAAGGGAUACUAUAGUCACCAAAACAACUUUAUCUUAACAAAGCACUUUUGGUGUAUAGAUCAUGCCCUUGCAGUCUCACUGUUUAAUUAUCUGCCAUUUAGGAGUUAAAUCACUGUUUCUGCAGCCCUAGUCACACUUCCCUGCAUGUGACCUGUACAGUCUUCCUAAACACUUCCUGUAAAGAGUCAUCUAAUGUUUACACUUCCUUUUUUGCUAAUUCUGUUUAAUUUAGUAUUUAUGUCCUGCUCUGUUAAUAGCUUUCUAGACCCUGCAGGAGCCUACUGUGUGUGAAUAAAGCUUAUUUCAUGAUUCUGGGGACAUUUUUAAAACUCUCUCAAUGCUCUUUGUGUUUGUAAUAACUCCGGAACCCAUUGAUUGCAUUAUUUGUCCCUAAUGCAUAGUUCAUGAUCAUUCUCGGCCCCCAAUUGGGUAUGAUGUUAGAUCAAAAUCUUUUGGCCUGCACAUAGAAAAGCUUGCAUCUAAACUUUAUCCAAAACUACGUGCCCUGUACAGAAACAAAUCCUGCCUAAGCCAUACAGUAAAGGAAAAGAUUGUACAGCAAAUGCUGAUGCCAAUCAUUGAUUAUGGGGAUGUAGUAUAUGCAUCUGCAUCGCAAUCCCACAUUAAUAAACUCAACACAUUGUAUAACUCGUUCUGCCGAUUUGUGCUACAAUGUAAUUACAGGACCCACCAUUGUGACAUGCUAAAAGAACUAAACUGUCUGUCGCUGGAAUCCAGACGCACCCUUCAUCUUUCCAGCCUUGUUUUUAAAAGCUUUUCUGGGAAACUCCCACCCUACCUGAACAAAAUGCUUUCCCCAGCUGUUCCCACUUCCUAUAAGCUCCAAUCCAGUACCAACACUUUACUUAGUCUACCUCAAUACAAAAAGAAAGCGGCCCGAUCCUCCUUCUCCUACAGAGCACCGCAAUUGUGGAACGACCUCCCGCACAAUUUAAAAUCUUCCCCAAGCCUAAAGUCCUUUAAGAGAUCCCUCUCUACAUACCUCAAAACAGAAUGCACGUGUUAUGGUUGAUUAUAUAUUUCCUACCUGUUCUAUGUUACAUUUUGUAUAUAUUGUGUAUUAAUAUUGUUUUUGUAUUUUAUUGUACCCUAAUGUAACAAUGUAAUGGUUUGUGGACCCAGGACAUACUUGAAACCGAUAGAAAUCUCAAUGUAUCUUUCCUGGUAAAAUAUUUUAUAAAUAAAUUAUGUAUUCUUUAUAUAUAACGUGAUCUGCUUGUUAUUGUAACAGAUGGACAGGUUUUUAGGUUUGACAUCACCUUGCACUGUCAGCGAUUACUGCAUAGUGUGAUGUGGCUCAAUGAGUCGUUGAAAAAUCGAAAUUCGGCUCAUCGUAAAUUUGACCAGUGCAUAUAUACUUUAGUAACAAUUAAAAAGCUUAAAUAAAUCAAGGAUCUCAGCCUAGGAAAACAAGUCUGAAAGAGCGGCUGUUCAGAUAAAGUUCUGGGGUUUUGGGGUGUGUGUGUGUUUGGUGAGAAAUAACACCUCUUUUUUGAUCUUGCUUCCUAUAACACUGUCUUUUAGUGAUAAGCAACACCGAAGCUGGCUGUUUACAUCCCAAAGUUUGUUUUUUCUAAUUAGUGUAUGUGCUGUCAGGGCUUAUGUACCAAAUGAUGUAAGGAGUAGGUACUCUUCGAACCACAUAGGGUGUGUACAGGCCUUACAUCGUUCUUCACGCUAUGUUGACUGAUGUAUUGAAUACGUUAAUAUUGUUUGACUUAGCUGACGUCAAAGACUUUAAACUUUCAAUUUCCUCCCGAAAAAAAAAAAGAAAGCAAACAUUUAAACUGCACUUAAAAUAAAUGUGAUUGUGAAUGUCCACUCCUUGUUGUUGAAAGGUGCCCUUUUAAAUCUCACUCUGAUGUGUUUGAUUUAUUUGAAUACGCUGAUAUUUCUCUUAUUUACAAGUAUUCGUAGGGAAUCAGCGAGGGCUAUUCAGAGCAUAAAUUGGGGCAAAGUUCUGAAAAUGGAUCAUUUGCCUUGGAAACCAACAGAAUGUUGGGGCUGACCACUGCAUUUUUAUAACUUUUUAUUAAAUGCAUUGUUUGCUUCGCUUAAAUGUUUCUUGGUUUCAAGAACAUGCCUAUCUUUAUAAAUCGGUCAUAUAUAUAAUCUCUUAUCAUCUCCAGAGGUCCUUGCACACUGACUAUUCUUUAUAAUGCCGGGCCCAUCUUACAACCAUAACCAAAGUAUAUAUGUAAACGCCUUGCACUCACGGUCUUUUCGUAGUAAAAUUCCUUUAUUCAUUAUUCAUGUAAAAACAGAUCAACGUUUCAGCCCUCGUCCGUGGCUUUCUUCAGGAUCAAUACAUUGCCCUUAUCGAACAAUACAGAGUUAAAUAGUCCAGACUUAGCCGGUCCUUGGUUUUCCAGAAACUAAUCAAAUGGACUCAGAUAAGCUAUUCAAACUAGCCAACAAUCCAUUAACCAGGACUGGCUGCGAGAAACUCUCAUUGUACAGAGACACUUACAGCCUAGAUUGUAUUGAUUAUGCAAAGCUAACAAUUUGAGAUGCAAAGUACUGUUUGAUUAAUACACAAACACGGGUUAAUCACCCAUUCUGCACAACUGAGCAAUGAUCAGACCUGUGUGACAAACACAAACAAACCAAAAAAAACAAACAGUGAUAGCACUGGUCCUUGAUCUAUAAAUAGUAAUUUGUAUUAUUCUUUAACAUUCUGUAUGGUUCUGUUUCCCUAUGUAUUCCAGCUACUUUUCACAUUAAUGUACUUUUUAUUGCCUUAUACAAAAACUAAAAAAAACUAUACCCAAAAAAAAAAGGGAAAUUAAAGGGACAUUCGACUGGAGUUGAGACAUAAAACCAAAAAACAUUAUUUAAUAAUGCUUAAAAAAGAAAAAAAUUAAAAAUAAUAAUAAAAGAUUCUUACACCUGAAGUCUCUGCGUGCGAUCAUAUACCGUGAAGUGACUGAACCAUUCAUGACUCUCUCAUAAAGUUACUGUGAAUCCCUUGACAUUGCUUUUAAGGGAGUUUAGCGUUGUUGUCAUUUCCAGAAACCCCUUCUGUUCGACCUCUCUGGAUUGUACAAGCAGUUAACUUCUCCUUGUGACAUCCUCUUGUAAGGAGAUGGGCUUAAACCCGCUGUGAUUUUUGCAAAUUUUGCUCCGGUUUGUGCCGGGUAACAAAUCCUUGAAGCAUGAAGGCAACACAUGUUGUUAUGGUGCCUAGAGUUUCUUUUUAAAGGAACAAAACAUAUUUUUGAUACAGUGACAUAUAAAUUGCCAAUUUUUUCAGUUCAAUUUGGAAGAUAUAUACUUUGCAAUGAAGUUGAAUGUACUCCAGACACCAAAGGGUUGGAUAGUUAGCUUCACCACAACUUUCUAAAAGAUGAUAUAACCAGCUAUAAUCAACCCCAAUCAGAGUACUGCAAGAUCAGCUAACUUCAUAUGAGUUACAUCAUUUUACAAGAUUCUCAGGCAGUCCUAAAAGAAAGCUAUUAUAAUUUAUUAUUUAAAAAGAGGGCUCAGAGAUGGCUGCCGCACUUAAAACAAUUAUUGAUGUACGUGUGUUGACUACAGAAUAAUACACUACAAAAUUUGAUUAGUUUUUUUUUUUCAGUAGCGAUCAAUAAGUGUAACAAUUUGCCUUAAAGUAAAAACAUUUUUGUAGGUACACAGAAAGUAGUUAAGUGCACAUAAAGACUACAUACCGGUAUUUUGUUUCCUUAAAAUAUUUUAUUACUAUUUAUUUUUGAAAUUAUUCUUUAUUACCGGUAACUAUUAGAAAUAACGUAAUUAAUUUAAAAAAAAGGAACAACAAUGUUGUAUUCUGUUAAAAAUGUUAAGUGGUUAAAGGUGUUAACUAAGAAUCCAUUAAUAAUAUGUCCCAGCAUGAACCUGGCCUCAGACUACUAAUUGUAACAUUUUAAAUAUUUGCAAUUUAUGUACAUCUAGUGCAAGAAUCCAAAAGAAUAGUAGUUCUAUUUGUGUCUAGUAAAUAUUAAUAACUGUAUUCAGAACUGCCUUAAAAAUGUUAAUACAACAAAUGUGUGUUUUUUUUUUUUAAAUGCUCCUUUGAUUUAAUUAAAAUAAUAUAUAUAUAUAUAUAUAUAUAUAUAUAUAUAUAUAUAUAUAUUAUUUUUAUUUGCUCUGAUACAUUGUUCUUGGUUUCCUCAGGAUAUCAAUGGCCAGAUGAAUGACCACUGUCCACGUCUGUGUAAUUUAAAGAAAGGGAAUAAUGGUUACGGAUUUAAUCUGCACAGUGAGAAAUCGCGGCCUGGCCAGUUCAUUCGGUCAGUGGACCCAGGAUCCCCAGCAGCUAAAGCAGGUCUGAGACCGCAGGAUCGUCUGGUUGAGGUAAGAAAUGAUGGUGAACAUUUUGUGAUUUUUGAAUGAAUCAAAUAUAGAUUAGCUUUAAGAUAAAGACUCACACAAAUCCUUACAGAGUUAUUCACUAAAGGGUGAAUGUCAAACUGUAGACCAAAUAUUCUUAUGUCCGCUAUGUUUUCAGUUCAACUUCAGUUCAUCGUUUUUUGGGGGGGGUAGAAUUUUAGAUUUUUGAUUAACUUUCAAUUCUAUUUCAUUCAAAGAAUUAUGGGAGUUGUAGUUCAGCAACAUCUGGAGGGCCUGAGUUUGGGGAAGCUUGUUUUAGUUGAUCAGCUGGGGGCGUAAUCUGGUAGCGUCCUUAAAUCUCUCCAGUUGAUCAGCUGAAACGUUCAAGUGAGGGUCUUCUCUCACUGCUUCUCCUGUGAGAGAUGCUUUAGAAGUUAUCAUUUUUUUAUUAAUAGGGGAGUCUCACAGCAGGAGGCAUAAGAGCCUUUGGAUAACCACUUCUCCUGUUUACUGUCUAUAGAGGGUUAAUAAUAAUUUGUUGCAUUUCCUAGUUAUGCACAGUUACAUGCAGGGCUAAAUGUUGCAGCACUUAUUUUAAAAUCAAUGCAAUUCGCCAUUUACAGGUAUAUUCAAAUAUGAAUAGUUGUGUAUUCAAACUGAAUUUGAGAAUUUUUCACUGUUACAUUUUUCAAUUUCAUCUGUUUAAGCCUAAAAUUUCCUUUAAAUAAUUGCAGACAAUUCACAUUUCACGAAUAUCUCUGUCUUUGAACAAACUAUGUUGUCUGCUUAUCCCUGAAUAUCCUGAAAACCCACUUUUCUGCUCGGUUGGGGGAGUAAUCAAACUGCUGUGUUCUAAAAAGAGAUGUAAACAUUGUAAAGGGGAGGAUCACCAAUGGAAUAUGCUUGCUGGUUCCAUUGGUUUCCAUGGUGAUUGCCCAACCUUUAGUAUUUUUUUUUUAGAACAAAAAAGUUUGAAAUAUUUCCUGCAAGAGUUUUCUUCCUCUUACAGUGUGGUUUAGCUGUUAUUUCCUCUGGAGCAAAUAUAUUGAUUCUUAACAAUGUAAUCAUAAAUGUAGCUGAUUCUACCAUAUACUGCAGUACAGUACAAGACAUUUGAUUACAUCGAACAAAAAAGAAACGCAAAGCUUUUUACAAGUUUCAAAUAUCCAAAUUGUAAAAGGCAUGUUUGGAGGAGAUUGUGGAGAUUGCACCGGGCGAUAACUUCGAUAGGUGAUUUUCUUAAAUAAAGUAAACACCUGUGCUCUGCAUAGUGCACCAGGUCAUUCGAUCUGGCCCCACGUUGCCCAAGUCUAGUGAACCUUGGAUGGCCUCUGUCCGGCUGAUCUGUCAUCUCCUUGCUUUGUGUUCUCCGCAAGUCCUGCCCUGUAAGCCAGGGGCCCUGCUGCAUAUUUAAUGCAGCCAGGGCAGCCAUGCGAGGGGGAGUGGGUACCUUGCCAGAGGGGCGUGGGUCUGGUUUUCUGUUUUAUCCUCCACCUCUGACAAACCACCUGCGGCAUUUGGGAACCUGAUCUCUGCUCUACCUCGCAGACAUUCAGUGCCUGAAGCUCGCAUGAAUAUUUCAUGCCGUAUUGUAAGGGACAGAGGAAUCCCAGUAGACGUUUGCCAGAGCCGGCUGGCCAGGCAAAUGUGUGUGUGUGUGUGUGUGUGUAUCAGAACAGCGGGGGUUAACUUUGGUGUCCCGGAUGUUUGCAAACUACAUUUCCCAUGAUGCCCAGCCAACCUAGGCCCACCUAUCAUCGUGGGUAAUAUAACUCACCAUGAUCUGAGCUGUCAGGGACAGCCAUUACUAGUCUAGAGCCAUGGCUGCUUCGGCUCGUGAUAGGGUUAAUCUUGGCUAUGCGCAUGUAUCCAGCUGUAUUUGUAGUUAGAUGAUGUAAUAUACAUUUAUUUCCUUUCUCUCCCUCAGCCCAAUAACAACAGACACACUGCCUGAUUGGCCAUUGGUCCUGACAGCCCCUAAAUUUUAGAACACAGCUCAUAAACUCAGAUCUUUCAAAGAAACUAGCUUCGGGUUACUGUGGUUACAAUCUCUUACUUUAUCUGUUCAUGCAUUAUAUAUACUUUCCCAAAAAAUAAUAUGCAGGUCAUUAUGAGAACAUGUUUGUUGGGGAGGUAAUGAAAAUCAGAAGUUGUAAAGGAAUGAGAAUCAGAAGAUGUAUUUUGGGGAAGGGAAAGGCGAUCAGAGGUGGGGGGAUUAAGGUCAGAAGGUAAAAAGUGGGGAGGGAGGGGAGGAAAGUUAGAAGGUGUAAGAUGGGGGAGAGAAUGGAGGUCAGAAGGUAUAAGGUGGGGAGAAUGAAGGGUGAGGGUCAGAGGGUGAAAGGUGGGGGAGAGGAAAUGUAAGUGUGAAGGCAUAAGGUUGGGGAAUGAAGAUGAGAUGAUGUAAGGUGGGAGGAAUUAAGGAUGCAAGUAACACGGUGUAAGGUUGGGGAAUUAAGGUCAGGUGGGGGAAAUGAAGGUCAGAAGGUGGGAGGUGGAGGAGGGAAGGAUUAAGGUCAGAAGGUGUGAGGUGGAGGAGGGAAGGAUGAAGGUCAGAAGGUGUGAGGUGGAGGAGGGAAGGAUGAAGGUCAGAAGGUGUGAGGUGGAGGAGGGAAGGAUGAAGGUCACAAGGUGUGAGGUGGAGGAGGGAAGGAUGAAGGUCACAAGGUGAAGGAGGGAAGGAUGAAGGUCAGAAGGUGUGAGGUGGAGGAUGGAAGGAUGAAGGUCACAAGGUGUGAGGUGGAGGAGGGAAGGAUAAAUGGUCAGAAGGUGUGAGGUGGAGGAGGGAAGGAUGAAGGUCACAAGGUGUGAGGUGGAGGAGGGAAGGAUAAAUGGUCACAAGGUGUGAGGUGGAGGAGGGAAGGAUGAAGGUCACAAGGUGUGAGGUGGAGGAGGGAAGGAUGAAGGUCACAAGGUGUGAGGUGGAGGAGGGAAGGAUGAAGGUCACAAGGUGUGAGGUGGAGGGAGGGAAGGAUGAAGGUCACAAGGUGUGAGGUGGAGGAGGGAAGGAUGAAGGUCACAAGGUGUGAGAUGGAGGAGGGAAGGAUGAAGGUCACAAGGUGUGAGGUGGAGGAGGGAAGGAUGAAGGUCACAAGGUGUGAGGUGGAGGAGGGAAGGAUGAAGGUCACAAGGUGUGAGGUGGAGGAGGGAAGGAUGGAAAGUGUGAACAUCAUAAUGUGACAUGUAGAGAAAGUGUAAAGUUGGGGGUAACAAAGGCCAUAAAGAGUAAUUGAGGGUUGGAUACAAAGGCCAGAACUUACAGAAAGAUGCACGUCUAAUGUGGGGAAUCUGGGUGCAAAGGCAAUGCUAGUGCAAGGUGGGGGAUAUUGUGCCGAUGUCAGAACAUGUAAGGUAGGAUACAGGGUGCAAAGGUAAAAAAUACUUUAGGAGAUUAUUAAGUAUAUGCCGAAUAAGACGAUACAACGUCCAGAAAGUGCACAAGGGUGAGUGACAACGUGCAAGUAAAGUGCAGUAUAGUAAAAGUGUAAUAUGGACAUGCUGAAGUGUAAAACCGAGGAGAUUUUGGGAGAGUGGAAGUUGGGGUGGGGGCAGGGUGGGAAGGAUAAGAAAGGCAGAGGGGGGGGGGGGUUUAUGGUGGGAGACACAGGGCAGCCCAGCUAAACACAAAGUGAUUAUUUCUGAGAGCAGAAUGCAGGAAGCCGUUGCUAGGGAACCAGGAAAAGAGACCUUGGUGUUUAUUUUCAAUGCUAGAGUCUAGGGCAGGGAGGUAAAGAAAGAGAGGGAUUUUUUUUCUUUGCCGUUUUUGUAAUGAAAAAGAGCCCGUUACCUUGUACAUUACCUCAGGGAUCAGGCCUGUAUUGUAAAGACGUACAGCAACAUGCAGUUACAUCCAGUAGAGUGACUAACAUCACACGGUAUAACCAACAUUAUUAACAGAGACGUGUCUCACAGCUACAACAUGCGUUUCAAAUCUCACUAUGGCAUUUAUUCGCUAAACUCGAAACUGUAAGAGAAUAAAUUUUUUAUUUUUUUUUAAAGUAAAAUAGAUGAAAAAAAUUGCUGACUUUUUUUUCUAGGUCUGCAAUAUUGGGUCACAACAUUUUCCACAAUUCCUGGUUUAAUGGGAAAAAAAAUAAAUAAAUAUUAAAAAUAUAUAUAUAUAUAUAUAUAUAUAUAUAUAUAUAUAUAUAUAUAUAUAUAUAUAUAUAUAUAUAUAUAUAUAUAUAUAUAUAUAUACACACACACACACACAAACUCCAUGGAUUCACUUGUUUGGCAUAUGGAAUCAGGUGAAAUAAGUCUUGGCCAGGGGUGGCCCCAGAUGAUGAUGCAAUAGCCAUUUCGGCUACCACUGUCCAAGCCAUUCAAUGCCGAAGCUAAAUGAAAAUGAGAGCUUUAAGUUAAAGGAAGUUCCUGUAAGCCAAUAUAUUACCCUGAUUUUCUUGUAAAUUUUAUAAGAGGCACCAUUUGCUUGUUGGUUACCGAUUCUCAGACCCUUUAAACAUUCCUUCAUGUUGCUGAUUGUAGGUGAACGGGCACAAUGUGGAUAAUAUGAAACAUUCCGAGGUGGUGGCCAACAUAAAGGCCAAGGAGAACGAGACAACGUUACUUGUGGUGGACCCAGAGACAGACGAGUACUUCAAGAAACUAGGUAUCGUCCCUACAGAAGCCCACGUCAAAGGUGAGUGGAUUCCUGCAACACUGGUGGCCUUUAAAAAUGUUUAAAAUGUUAAGAACAGUGAAGGAAAUGUCAAUAAGAACAAAUAAGAUGACAAAAUCAUGGGAGUAGGGUUGAUGGUCCAAAUCUAAUUCUAAAAUAAUGUAUUCAGUGGUAAUGUCUAAAAACAUUUUAUAAUGUUUGUUUAAAAUUUGUUCUUCAUUUUAUUUAUUUUUUUUAGGUUCCGUCCCGCAGUCCUUGAGCAAUGGAAUGACACAGGUCAGUAUGUUAUCAUGUUUCUAGGUGUGCGUGUUUGUGGGUAACUGAAAAGGAUAAAGUAAGAAUGUGUAGAAAAGACUUUAUCUGAGGAUAUACAAAAGUUUAACCAAAGCCAGAUAAAAUGCUACAAAUUGACAAUGGGAAAACACAGCUCCUGAUAAACUAUAUCACUUUCCUUAGGUAAUAAGAUCACAGGCCAUCUCCCUAGGCUCAUAGAUAGGUCUCUCUUUUAUUUGUGUACCAGUGUGUCUAUUUAUAUGUUGUACUUGAUUACCUGUUUUUAAUUCACCCAUUGUACAAAGCACAGGAAAAUAGAAAUAAAAUUAAAAAUAAUAUUUCAAGCAACUGUUCUUUUCUAAAGUACCCUGCACCCUUAUCUCCCUCCCCCAUUUCAAAAAAUGUUAAUCCUGACCUUAAGAUCUUAACUUGCUUAUCUAAUCUGGGUUUUAAAGCUUCCAUGGUUAACAAAUACUAGCCAUUCCUUAUAAUUAAACCAUGCACCCUGCUUUAUCAAGACCUUUAAUUUGCAAGGAUGUACAAAAAUCCUUUAUUAGGUUUUCAGACAUAGGAUAAGGACUGUGAUUGUUAUUGGGUUUUAUGUACUCCUAGUUUCAACAAACUGUAAUUACAGAUUUCCUAGUUUACGUGGCAGGUUAUACUUACUGAACAUGUAUAGAAUCUAGUGAUCUGAUGUUUCCUGUCUUUGUUUUACAGUUGAACGGAGGCUCCUCAACGUCUUCAUCCCACAGUGAUCUCCAAAGUCCAGACAAAGAUUCACAGGUUAAAAGCCACUUAUAUGUACACUUUUCUGUGAAUGAUAAUGUAAGCAGAUUGAGAAGAGCCCACACCUCUUUCAGAUAACUAACACGAUAGUCAGUGUUCUAUGUUGAAAAAGAAAUUGAAUGUAAGAGGUGCAACUCUCCUGGAAAUCUUGUGGACACAUUGGGCACACUCUAUCACUCAUCUGAACUUAUAAUUUAAGAUGAAAAAGGACCUAUUCGUUGGACAACCGUCUUGUUUUGGACCAAUCUCAAACUGUCGCGGAUAGAUUCCUAAACCUGGACUUUUACGACGUAACACUUCUUUUCUAGAACACUCUGGUACAAGUCUGCAACUGUAUACACUAGGGCGAACACGAAAAUACAUAUUGAGGCCUAUAGUAGACAUACUUAUUCAAUUAUACUAUCUAGAGAAGAAUGCCUACACAAGAAGAGGCAAAAUAUUACACUAGCUUUUUAUGCAACCUAUCUGCUAAAUGCUGUUAAAAAAAAUAUGGUGUGGGUUUAGUUACUGUUAAAAUGAUAAGUUAUUGAAUGACAAUGCUAACGUGUGCUGUUUCUCUCUGGUUAGGCUGGUGACCUGGGAAGGAAAGACCCCUUUGAAGAAAGUGGUUUAAGUCUGAGUCCUACAGCAGCUGAGGCCAAGGAGAAAGCACGGGCCAAGCGAGCCAACAAGCGAGCUCCUCAGAUGGAUUGGAGCAAGAAGCAUGAAAUUUUCAGUAACUUCUGAUCGUCAUCCACCGUCCAGAUGGGAACUAACGUAGGACUUCUUCAAACCUUGUCCCACUGCAAACACAAAAAAAACAACUAAAUUCUGCGGACUAACCAGAGCGCAAGCCACCGAUCCAACCCAAUAAGGAGAGGAUGCGAUCAAAGUUUAACCAUUUCAGUUACGGCAUUUCAAAGGAUCUUUUGUUUUUCUUUUCUUACAUCUUAACUUUUAGUGAUGGACUUAUCAGAGCCCCAUUGGCCCCUUUGCUGGAAUAUAAGCGUCUUAAACGGGACUGACAUGGGCUCUGCACAACUGAUAAGCAAUUUUUCCUCCACACCCAGAUGACAGUGAAGUCAAAAGAAACUCUUAGAACACUGUGCAGACACUGAGUCUUAGUGAUAUUUCAUCAAGCUUGAUGAGAACUGUAGCCCAGCUGGAGGAGGAAGAGGGGGUUGGCCAUCUCUAAAGAUAAUUGUAGGCAAAAUAAUCAGAAUGUUGAUCCUGCAAGGGAAAAGCACUGGAGAAUAUCUCAGCUAAGGGAAGUAUGUAUGGCCAAGUACUUGUAGAGAUUUGAGAGGAGGGGGUGCCUGAGCAGUUCUCCAUCCCAACUAUAAAAAGUGCCCCCCACCCCUCCUAACAUCUGCAGGAGUUUCUCUGUUUAUAAAAGAACUUCCUUAUCCUGUCCUGUGGUUCGAUCAAGACUUGGGAAGCUUUACUUCCCCAUGCUGCGGACACUUUUCAUUGUUAGUAUUGAAGUUCUCAGGACUGGAGCUUGGUUUUGCAAUUAACCAGGAUCACCUCUGCGUAAACCUCAAAAAACAAAAUGAUCAUGUUAUCAUGUUACCCCAAUACCUGCGGUAAUCAACCCAGUAGGCUAUUUCCACCCCAAGCGGGCAAACGGAAAGGCUGAAAUUUUUCCUGCAGAAACAUAACAAUGAUAAUGUUGCAUCUUUAUAAAAAUAUAUAUCAAUGUAAGUAUUAAGCAAUUAAGGCCUCCACGACAACACACGAGAAAAUGUAUUUCAUAGACCGGAAUAUCAUUUUGUCAUCAACAAUUUUUUUUUUUUAAAAACACUUUUAAUAUGAAGCCCCAUCUAUUUAAGCAAAUCAAAAUGGUUUCAAUACCGUAAUGCGUCACUACGUACAAAUGUCUUGAUUGUAGAGCUUCUGCGGUGAUGUCCAAUAUUUUGUCCAUAAUAAUGCAAAUUGAAAGUUUAUUGCAAUUCCUCUUACAUCUAUUAUGUUGAGCUUACAGGGAAGACAGAUUGUGUGUUCCUCGCAUGGAGAAAAAAAGUCUAGCACGUCAAAUAGUCCCUCAAGGGAUGGGCAUUCUUUAACAAAGCCAGAACCGCUGGCUUUUGCCUUGUCAACUGAUGUGCAGAUGGUUUUAGUUAAAGAGAAUUAUAAUGGAUGCACUCAGACUAGAGAGAGUCACAAUCUGCCCUCAAGCUUUGGGAUAAAUACCCAUUCUGUGCCUAGCUGUGCCCACCCUUUCCCUGGUGUGACAUGGAUCUCACAAAACAUUCAGUCAUUUCAGAGAGAGAGCAAGAGACUUCCAUUUGCAUAAUGAUGCAUAAGGAAGGCAUAUAAAGCCACUGAUUUAAUAAAUGGAUGCAUUCAACAUGCCCUCUUGUAUAACUGGAGACAAGUCACAGUUCUGGUUGUUUUUGUAAAAUGUCAAUAAUAGGAUAACCUGCAUUAUUUUUCUAGAAUUGGCAGGGGGAAAGGAGGGGUGGCGGGGGUUACAAAGUCUUUACUGCUGUAGUCCGAAAGCAGCUGUGUCAAUUUUUCGAAACGUGCUGGAAAGAAGGUCCCGUACAUAUACAGAGGAUUGGUAACGGGAGAGGUAGCCUUAGUCCAUGGCGUUAAACGAUAUUCUCUUUACUUUAAGAACAAGUUAAUCAAGGGGAUCAUUUACUAAACAGUGGGUUGCAGUUAGUUUACUGCCAAGAUGAAAAAUCUGAAAUUAAAAUUAAUUAGUUCACCCCCCCCCAAUGAAUAAUUUUGUCCUACAUAUUGCACCGUGGUUACGAAAUGAAAAGCUGGUUUAUUAAAACUCCUCCCAACCACAGGCUAAAAUAUUCCGUUAGAUAAAGUUCAUCCACUGAGAUGUCAAAAGCUGCAAUCUCAUAUUAUGAGGUUUACCCUGUACUUGUUCCAAAAACACUCUUUUUAAUCACUACAGGGAGAUUAGAUUGUUGCUGGCCAAAGAAAAUAUAUUUUCGCUGUAAUCCCUUUCUCAAAAAAAACAAACAACCCUGUCCCCUCGCCCCCACAAACGAAAUUUGGAAUACUCAUGUAAGAUUAAAAUCAGCAGGAUUCUGGUAUAAUGAGCAUUGGAUGCCCUCUAGUGGACAACCGUCUGUACUGAAUCUCUAGAGCCUAUUGAAAUACUAACCCUUAUUCCAAAAUAAUCUUACAUUUAAACCUCUCACAUUCAAAUAGAGACCCUGCAUCUCAUGUUGACUGUAGUUUUAAACUUGUACAGUAACUGCUGAGAUUUGCACACAACCCAAAAGCGAUAUAGCAGUUAGCUGUGUGUUGUGCCUAUAUUUUCUUAACAUUCUCAGUAGGUUAUGUUGGGGAUCCUAUGUAAGUUAACUCCUGCAGUCCCAUAAGUGGGUGCAUGUGCUCAUAUUGGUAUUUCUGUUUGGGUCUCGGAGAGGGAAUGAGCAUGUUCAAGGCAUCACAUGGCUGCAAGGUCAUCUAGAGCUUGUACUUCCACAAAACCACUCUCCACAAUAAACAGUUCAAUGGUCAUGGUCAGUUGAUUUUUGUAAAGAACACAAGUUGAGUAACAGUUUAGUGAGCUUUGUUGAAUCAAGCAGAAUUUGUAUGACGUUUCAGCGUUCCAGUAUAAAGAGACACUGUAGGGACUGUAUCUGCUUCAUCUCAUUAAACUGGUUAUAGUAUCUGGAGUCCCCUGGUGCCAUAAUUUCGUUCAGCAUUAAACAGUUCUUAAUGUUAUGUUUCAAUGCUAAAUGAGAGUCCCCGGCUGCCCAUCCGCUGCUUUGGCUAAUGAGUAAGUAUUAGCAUGAGCAGAAAAAGGCAGCUGUGAGUAGCAGCUGACUGCUUUUAGCCUAUCAGAGCUCCAACAGACUGUAUUAAGAGUAUGGCUACAAGGAAGUGUGUAAUGUCUGCCUUAGCCACACCUUCAGAAGGGGCCAGACUGUGGGUGUCCAGGAAAUCUAAUUGCUCUAACCUGGUUUAAAACUGAAUGGAGGGGCAGUACCAGGGGGCUGCAGACACUAUAACCAAUUCAAUGAGAUUAAUGGCUAUAGUGACUACAGUGUCCCUUUAAGAAUAUGUGUACCUACUAAAAAAUAACCACGGCAGUUUCCCUAUUUAAAUUUACAUCUUCCAUCAUCUUUUUUUCAUAGGAACCCUGGCUAGGCUAAUGUGGCCUGAAAGGCACAGGGCUGGGUAGAUAGAAGAUAGUUUUAGAACGUUGUACAAACAUAAUGUAGUUUGGGUAAAAGUGAAUGAUAUGCCAAUAAGAACAUUUAUCGUUUGGAAAGGAGCAGUUGGAACAGUAGGCCCAGUAGUGAAAGAGUUAAAACGACUGAACCUUCUUAUGUCCAAGGAGUAGGUUGGUGGGAUUUGUGAGUCCUGGUCCACUAAAUUAUGUAGAAUUAAAAUGGAUAUGAUUCAUAUUGGCAUUUUAAGGCAGGCUGUGCAUCUUGGGAAAUGUGUCUCAGAAAGAUCUGAGUUACAAAACUAAAUCCGUGAACAUAGAAAGACUAUUGUAAUGCAGAAGAUAUAAUGUAAGGUUAUGAACAUUCCGUAAAAAGCUUAUUAUAAUUGAAUAGGCAGUGAAAUGGUGUAUGCUUCUACGUGCAAGAUUUUUUUUUUUUUUGCUUUUUACUGUUUAGUAAACGUACGCUUGUGAGCUUGUUAAAUAAAAGUGAGACUUUUAGUGAUAUACUGGAGGUUAUGGAAGAACAUCAUUCUGUGAGAAAGUCCACCAUCUACUAUAUGCUCCUGGACCAGGCUUGGCCAAUUGAUGGGAUUCGUAGUUCAGGCACAAAACUAUAAUUUGUCUACUUGGCGGCAUCUGGAGUUGAAUUAUUUAAAACAAGUAUAUAUAUAUUAAUGUGUUCACAUUCAUAUUUGUUUAACCCUGGUGGACGCCAGUAACUGGUUUAUUGGAAUCAUGUGAUAUUCCUGAAAUCUGUGUUUCACCGAAGACGUAUUUAGCAAAUUAAACAAUAACAACGACAAGAAAAAAUCUGAAAACCUCAUAUAGUGAGGAGUUAGAGGAAUCGAAAUGUUGAUGAAUGUAAGCGGAGUGGCAUAAUUGUAUAUUAUCAAUGUUGACAAAACAAAUUUGUAUUCUACAAGAGACUUGAACUGACCAGUGGGACUGUGCUCUAAGUGAGCCAACAUGGCUGAAGAAGGUCAUGUGAUCUGUGGCACUCUGCGGGAUAAGAGACCUAAGGAUGCUUGUAGGCAAAAGAUCGUCUUCAAUAUAGACUAGCUGCUGCCCCCUGGUGGUAGUAUGGAGACUGAGAUAUCUUAAAAGACUGCUUCUAUUGAAAGAAGUAUAUUCUGAUUAACUGACCGAAUAUGGCCAUAACACUGCCUUAUAUGUAGCUCUGUUUGGAAUCAACAUAUUUUUGUACUUGUAAACCUAAAAUUGUAUAAGGCACACAUAUGAGAACAGUUAUAUAUGACACACACAACAUACAGUGUAAACUGCAAUGUGCUUAAUAAACAGCUUUCAAAGUAGGUGUGUUUUCUGACCCAAAUUUGCAAUUGUAUUGUCAUCGGACAAGAAUGAAAAAAAAUGCUUACAUUUAG